UUGGCAGUGAGGAAGAGGAGAAGAGAGGAUGCUGGAUGCUGAGACGGAGCUGCUGGCGUUACACUCUCUGUCACAGUGAAGCAGUUUCAGCCCGACAAAGAGAAGAAAGGAAAAACAGCACAUCUGUUGGGAGACCUCAGGUAAGAUUCAAGAGACUUUUAUUAUGAAAUUACUGUUUCUCUUCAGAGUUUCAACUGACAUAGUUUUAUACCAGAACAAUUUACCUUUAUGGCUUUUAUUUUGAAGUUUUCACCUGCAUAAACAGACUGAUAUUUUAAGUCAAAUGUGGAAACAGAAACAAUGAUAAACAAACAUGUCUAAACUUCAGCUCAUGAGAAGCAGAUAUUGCCAAAAUGUGCCCAAAAGGCUUUUUCUUCAUUUUAUCCAAAACGAUCUAAUUUGAUCUUUAAAACAUUAAUGACCUAAUUAACUACAGAGCAACUGUAACUGGAUUUUUGAAGGCAAAUCUACAAUUUUUGAUGUAUCUCAAUGAACCAGCUCAUUUUGAACCUUGUGUUAUAAUACUGUCUGCUUUAUCGUUUCCCUUGAUUUCUAACUCGUUACGAAAAAUAACAUCAUCUCGGCAUUUAAUUCCUUCUAUUUGUAUGUCGUGUUUAAAUAUGUUUUUUUUUAAAAAUCACUGUCAGUGUUCACCCUGUGCAGUCCAAGUUUUUAUAUCCUGUUUAACAGAUACUAACUUUUAUACAUCAGCUAAUUAUCUUGUUGGAACAUGUUAUCGUACAUGCACUAAAUGCAUUCUUGUGAGAGCAAGUAAUCACUGUCUUGAAAUGGGGAAACAAGAUCUCAUCUCGAACACACAAAAUGAAAUUGUUAAUCAUGUUAAUGCAUCAGUUAUUUUCUAGUAUAUACGAGUCAUUUCUCUUGAGCACAUAAUAUUAAGAGUCUUGUUGAUAAAAGUUAUAAUGAACUUAUUGUGCAAGCCAGAUAUUUGUUUUGUUGAAAACAGUUUUACUCGUGCACAAAAAAACCAUAUCUUGCAUGUACAAGAUAAGUGUAUUUACAAGAAAAUAAUAUUGUGCACCCCAAAAAAUUCAUUUGUUCCCACAAGAUUAUAAUAAUUCUUAUUAUAAUUAUUUUAGUUAUAGUUAUAACAGCGACUCAUCGUCAAACUUUGUAUCACCUUUAGCCAUCGCAAAGCUAAAUAUCAUGCCCCUUAGCUACAGUGAAGCUAACCAUUGAGUUCUGUUAUGAUUUAAGCAUAUACUGUCUUUUGGGGAGGUUGAUCUUUAAUUUGGAAAAAAAAUGUAAAUGACCAAACAACUUGAUGUUUUAUGUCGUUUUAUUUAACAGGCAGACAUUUUCCACAUUUAGAACACUCGCUUGCUUUAUUAGACUCCGGCUAGCUGUUCGCCCUUGUUCCCAGUAUUUAUGCUAAGCUAAGCUAACAGGCUACCAGAACUUUCUAGCAUAUAAAUGUGAGAGUCUUCAAAGAACAAAUAAAUAUUGACAAUAACUAUUGACACCCAAAUUGCUCUUAAUGAAAAUUACUCGUAAUUUUGAUCUUUGUUUGGAUAAAAUAAAGACGUUAAUGUUCAUAUUUAUUAAGUUUCAGGGGUGGUUGUGGCUGUUGUCUAAUGCUAACUGUUAACCCGUCUGUGGUCUUGGCGCUUCAUUUGGUUACAGCAAACAUCCCCAACUGUAGCUUAAAUUAUGGCGCCUAAAGGUGGUGCCACCUUUCUCUUCACGUUCAUAAUAGAGACAAGGCCAAGGACGGUAGCCUAGAUGACUAGUCUAAAAUUAGGCUACCACAGGUCUAAAAAUGAAAGUUUUUUUAUACUUCUAAAUUUAGACCAGGGGUCCGUUUCACGUAGGUGGUUCAACAAACUCUGAGUUAAAUCCUUAACUCUGAGUUGAUCUACUCUGAGUUAGGAAACUCUGAGUUUCCGGUUUCACAAUACCUGAUUUGAGACGGUUUUAACAACUCCGAGUAGUUUGACCUGGAGUUAAGCACGUGCACGCCAGACAUAAACAGCCAGCAUCUGUGGAGCGCAGAUUCAAUGAUCAACCAAUGGAAACAGGGAGAAGGAGGGGCAGCAGCAAGCCAACAGCGAAUUACAGCACGUUUUUAAAAGAAAGUGCAAUACAGCAGCAGCUGCAAAGGAGAGGGAGAGGGCUUGGGAGGAAAUCGCUGCUCGCGUCAAUGCGUAACUUUAAAUCUAGUCUCGUGCAAUCACAAUGACAGACUGUUGCAGGGAAACUGCUUGAAUCAUUUUGAUCAUGUUUUACAUUGUCAAGUAAGUAUUAAGUGGCAGUUUGAUCCCUUAGAAAAUGCUCUUUACACACUCAAAAAUGAAUUUUACUCUCUUAUGAUGUUCUGUUAAAUGAUUAGGAAUAUUAAAAUAACUCUCAGUAUGUAUAUGUACAUAUAUUAAACUAACACACACUACACUCAAUAUUAGACUUUCACUCAGCAAACAGACCGGCGGCGAUCGUCGAACGGGUGGGGGUGGGGGGCAGCUCCUCUGCCCCCGUUAAAGGUGGGGCUGCUGGGCCACCACCCGUUUUUGUGUUAGUUUAAUAUUCCUAAUCAUUUAACGGAACAUAAUAAGAGAGUAAAAUUCAGUUUUGAGUGUGAAAAGAGCAUUUUUUAAGGGAUCAAACUGCCACUUAAUACUUACUUGACAAUGUAAAACAUGAUCAAAAUGAGAAAAUGCCGAUGUCUCACCUGAAACUCUGGGUUUACUGAGUUAAACCUGCUCCCGAGCAGGUUAGGUUCACGGAGUCUGUUACUGUGGUAACUGACCGCGAGGUUGAGUUACCUCUCUUUGUGAAACAGGUUAGAGUUACCCCUCUCUCCCUGGUUUAACUAACCCUCCUUUGUGAAACGGAAAACUCAGAGUUUCCCUGAUUUCAGGGUUAACAAACUCGGAGUUUCCAUUAAACCUGCUACGUGAAACGGACCCCAAGUCUAAAUCUGGGCUAUAUCUAUACUACACUGUAUAUUGCUCAAUGGCUAUCAUAAUUAUUUUGGUGAAGUACUUGGGGAUCAGUUAUGCAACUCACAGUUGCUUUUUGAAAUAAAUAGUUAUCGAAUAAUGGGUUAAAGUGCAACGUCUAAAUUCUGUCUAAAAAUAUACAGAAUCUAGACGGCUGAAAUUAGGUCUAAAAAAAAAAGACGUCUAAUAGAUGUCUAUUGCUCAGAGGGUACUUGGCAAAUAGGUGUAAAAGUAUCAUGUUUUUCAGUGUUACACAUUAACUUUGCUGAAGAUACUUAGCGAUGAAAAGCUUUGCACAAAAUGUUGUUAUUAUAAUGUGUUUUCUGAAUGGAUUUUCCCAGAGCCGGCCCAAGCCUCAAUGGGGCCCUAAGCAAAAUUUGAUUUUGGGGCCCUCCAUUUCUGCCAAUAAUAUUGAUUGUUGAUCAUUCACACACCUUCACAAAUCUCUUCGAUUAACAUUCCCUGACAUGCAAACAUACCUUUAUCUUGGCGUUUUUUCUCUUCUUCCUCUUUCCUUUCUCUGCUCCUGAAGGAUAUGUCCUUUUUUGCGACAUUGUUUUGCCCCAUAACAACUGCGCAUUGGAUGCUCAGUGCACAUUGCUCUGCAGAAGUCACAUAACGGUAAUGGAGCUUUGACAUGUCGGCAGUAAGAAUCAUAGGCAGCAGCACUAAAAUAUUUUUACUUUAUUUUAUUUUAUUUUUAUUUUACAUUCAUAUAUAUUUGAUCAUACAAAAAGCAUCACUUAUACAUGCAAAAAAUAAGAAAUAUUUAAACUGUUCUUUUUUUUUUUGAUUGCUCUUGGGGGCCCCCUAUUGGCUGUGGGGCCCUAAGUAGGCACUUAGUUCGCUUAUGCCUUGGGCCGGCUCUGGAUCUCCAACAAGUGAAAGUCAAUUUUGAGGUGCUAGUGGGUGGAUUGCAUAACAGUUAUCCAGGUGUGUCCUCAUAUCAAACACACAGGCAGGAAUUAAAUCAGUCUUUUCCUUUUAACUCUCUGCAAGUAGGUGAAUAAGUGCGUCUCCCAAAUUUGAAAGUGCUUCCAUUAAUAAAGGAGCACUUUGUAAAUGUUCAUGAGCAGGAAGUACGAGGAGAGCGUGCAUCAGAGAUGAGGAGGCGUUCAGUCUCAGCAUCCUCGGUCAGCACAGAGGGUGAAGGAGCACGCAGCUCGCUGCCUAACGUGUCAUGGCAGCAGUUUAGUCAAAGCUGAGAAGGACGGGAUGAGGAGGGGAAGAGGGAGAAAGGAAGCAUGAAUUCACUCAGCCUUUGUGUGAGAAAUUGAUUUGCGAUGCUACAGCGCUCAUUUUAUAAUUUGUUCUAUCAUCUUCAGCCACCGUUGAGAUUAUCGAGCCCCCUUCUUCUUUCCCAUGCUCUCUGUAAUCCUGGCUGAAUGCCCCUUUGACCCUAAAUCAGCUGUAUUGACAGUGCUGUGUUUGAGGUGGGCGGUGGUGGAUUAUUCAGACUGCUGAGCGCUCAGGUGCUGACGGACUGAUGUGGCUAAUGUGCUUGAAUAGAGACGAUUCAUGCCGGCUCAACACCCCCCGCCUGCUGAACUCAGGGGAAAUACCUCCUACUGUAGGUGUUUUUUUUUUCCUUGACUUUGUGCUUUUGAGAUGUCCUCUGUGAAAGCUCAGUGUUAUUUUUUCUGUAGGAUGACAGCCUCUCCAUUCAACUAAAUAAUGAAAAUGUAUCUGCAAGGGGAGUUUGUGAAGUAAAAAGUUAGGCACGGUUUGGACAGCGUGCUCUGCUGUGGCUUACAUUAACUGCAUGAUGUCUUUAUCAGUUUGAUUUCAAAAAUAGAGUUAUACAAUCAUGUAAGUCGUCAGUCCUACUCCGAACACUGCACAUACUCCCAUAUAUGUCUUAUUACACAUGCUGUCAUUCAUUUUUCGUUUCAGACACUAAAUCCUCGAUGUGAGUAUGUGGAGUGCCAAAGCCUGAAGCAGGGUUAGAUGCAGCAUGAAAAGAAGGAGUUGAGGUGGAGGUGGGUUGUUAAGCUAUUAGUGGCUGGAGGAGUAGACCCUCUGAAGUGGAUUAGAUAGAGCGCCCAUUCUGACAUUUCCCCUUCAUUGCUGUUAGCUUCACUGCCUAAUAGGGCUGGCCAAUAUGGAAAAAUGUUUUUUUCCUAUCAGUAGAUAUCGGUAUAUAUCACGAUGUAAAAAUAGAAAUUUAACAGUGCUUAUUGGUAGCAUGUCUUUUGCAAUCCAAUAAGCUACUGCAUCUGUGAGGUCUUUGUGUCUCUUUGACGUUUUGUCAAAAAGUGUUGCGCUAGAAAAAGUGGACUGAAUGGUCCGCUGUUUCAGCUGCACAGGCGCCAUGGGCUCCUUGCUCCACUCGGGGUUUGUAACCUUUUUGCAUUGCGCGUGCUCUGCUGCAUGGCGCUGCUUCAGGUGGUGAAAAAGAUUUGAGGUAUUCCCCGACUUUGCGAGAACAUGCACUCGAUAUAGUGCAGUGCACAUUACUCUGCUUCAUGUCCGACCUCAAAAAACCAGAAUACCUCCACCCCACCAACGUUUUGGUGCCAGUGUUGUCAACGAUGUCCUCAUCUGUUGAACCUUCAUCGUCAUUUAAGUCGGGGGUAGCACUCAUUUUCUUUUUUCUCCCUGACAGUACUGUCAAGUUCACAUGUUAAAGUGCUAUGGUUGCGUGUAGCUGCAUCCUGCUACUAUGCAGUCAUUUGAGACUUGUUCUGAUUCAGCACGAUUGGUUCAGUGCAAAGCGGACCCGCAGCAACUCCCCUUUUCAUUGGCUACUCGUAAAGUCUAGCAAAACAUGGCAGAAUGCCAACUAUCGAAAAGUAAAUUGACCAUGUUUUAUAUUGAGGGAAAUUAAUUUUGGGAUAUAUCGUCAUCGUAUUAUUCCCUCGGCCCUACCGCUAAAGGUUUAAAACACAUUGUAGACAUGAGAAGGUUAGAGAUACUCUAAUCUGCUGCCGGUGCACGGAUUGCAGGACAGAGUGCUGCCCUGUGAAUGUGUCAGUAAUGAUUAUUUUCUCACACAGACUUUUUUGUCUGUUUAAUAUAAAGUAAAGACAUAAUGGUUCUGGUAAGGAAGUAGUCAAGCUUCCUGAUGUUGGUUUAGUCCACUUUUCUGAGUCAAAGUGAGGCGUCAGUUUUUAAUUUCAUCCUGUUUUGUAUUCAGCUGAAACCUCCUCACUGGAGCUUUAAUUGUGAAAGUCAUAAAGGAAAGAACUGGCAGCAAAAUCAGUCCCAAGAGAACGUCAGCGAGGACCAAAAGAGGUCAAAAUAAUUGAGCGUCUCGUUCUCUUGGGCCAAAAACAAAGGAAGGUAAAAAUCUCUGGUUUUAGUCAACGCCCCCGGUCUGCUGCUGAGGUAGGCUGUUUGAAAAAGAGAAGAAAGGAUGUGAGGUCAAAGAGAUGCUGACCUUUCACCUUUUGAGAUUCAAAUGUCAUCAUUCCAUCAUUUUUUUAUCCAAUGGGACAUUUGCGUGAAACAGUGUCGAGACUCAUUUAAAUUUAUGUUGACCUUUGACCUUUAACCACCAGAAUAAAAUCAGUUCAGUCCUGGGAGGGAACAGUUCACCGCAGAGGUUUACUGAGUAACAGAAACCACAAUAUGAACUUUAAUGUGUUAAAUAUUUCAGAAACUCUUUAAUCAGCUGAUCUGUGUGGACACAGCAGCAGCAGAGAAGAAAAAGUGCAAACAUAAGGCUGAGCAUCCUUAAACAACCUCAUCCUGUUUGGUAUCAAUACUAUUGAUCCAUGUAUCAAUACCCCAAACAUGACUUAGCAUUAGUGGUGUCAAUACUGCAGGUAUCAGUCCCUGUUUGUUCCUGAAAACACACGUUAUCAUUGACCUUUGACUUCUUGUAGUUUCCAUGUAAUCAGAUGUAGUUGAACAUGUUUAAUGAAAGUCGAAAAAGCAUUAUUAUUCAAUCUAAUCAAUGCAACUUCCCCGGAUAUUAUGGAAAUUGUCCUAAAAAGAUAAAUAGACUUUAUCUCCAAAUUAGAAUUAUAUUCUUGGACUAAAUUUAGAUUAAAUGUUGCUAAAAAAAAGGCCAAAUAUAAUUUUUCUGAUUGAGAAAUUCUGAAUCAGCCGUUUCAGAGGUCAGAGAAAGCAUGACAAAUUAAAAUGAUAACCCUGCUGUAAAAAAUUUGAUCCAUUAAAAUCACAAAGAUCUGUAAAACAGUAACCUGUGCAUAAGUUCUUUCACAUUUCACCAUUUACGUUCACCUAACUAAAAAGCUUUACUUGUAUGUAAGGUUUUAAUGGUUUGUACUGAACUGUUUUCACAGGCUCAGGAUCUUAAAUCUUCCUCCAACCUUGACUUUACCAUAAAAAUGUAAAAACCUGAGUGCAUAUGCACAUGCCUCACACACUCCUAUUAUCACAGGUAGUAAAAGUGAAUGGCUUUGUGUUAUUGAUGCACGGUACACGUCCGGUUUAAGUGGCUGAAAUCGCUUCUUCGAUCCUAAAACAGAGUCAGGGUUGGGGUCAAGUCCAUUCGGAGUCGAUCUAUUACAGUAAUCAAUUGAAAUUCAUGACUUCCCCAUUUCUCCCAUUUCUUCCCGUGAGGGCUAUUCCACAUGAGCUCGUUCAUCCCAGCGUUUAGCCGUUUGGACGGUUGAGAUGUCCAGUAAUUGACUUUUCCUCCUCCUCUGAUCUGCAGCUGAGGCAUUAUCGUGUUCGGCGUGCAGGGAUCCUCUGAGCACAGCGGGAGCAGCAGAUGUGCUCCACAAACCCACCGAGGCCCCACAGUCAGUGUGUGAUUAGCUGCGUAUUAUGGGUGCACUCGAAUUGUUCACAGUGAGGAUGGAUGAUGGAAUGGAUGUGUGUGUGUUUUUGUGUGUGUGUGUGUGUGUGUGUGUGUGUGUGUGUUUGUGUGUGUGUGUGUGUGUGUGUGUGUGUGUGUGUGAGUCACAGAAAACAGCUGUAAACAGAAAGGACUGUGACAUUUAAAUCUGCCUCCAUGUGUGAGUCUGUUCUCUGUGCAAUCCACAUAAACUCUCAGAGGCCCCAUUGAGGAGGAUCCUGAACUUUGUUUGAGGUUCAACAUCUACCCAAGUCAGCGCUUUUAUAGUCAGAGCUGAGUCUCGUUAUCUCAUUACAGCGCCAAGAUGACUACCUUUGUCUGGGUCCAAAUUGAGUUCCUAGUACCCAAGCAGUCUGCCCCAGGGCAGCUGUGACUACUAAGGUAGUUUAUCACCACCGAGGUGUGACUGUGUGGGCGAAUGAAUGAUGUAUCCAAUGCAUAGCGCUUUGAGGGUCUCUGAUAAAGCGCUUUAUGAAAUCUGAUGCGUUAUUAUCAUUUAUUAAUAAGUACAUAUUGAUAAAAGACAUUCUAAAUCAUUGAGAUGUUAUUCCAGGUCCAAAUUGAGUUCUCGAUAUUUAAUCAAAAAUCCAUUAUGAGUCCUGAUUAUCCAAGUCCAGGUAAGAGUUGAGCCUCAUCUACCUUCACCCAAAAAGACCUGAGUCAUAAUUACUUUAGUCCAGGUUAUUUCAGGUGCAAGUUGAGUCCUCAGUACAUUAGUUCAGGUCAAAUAGGAGUCUGUAUGACUUUGGUCCAGAUCCAUAUUGCCUUCUUUUAACCUAAGUCCAGAUCUGAGUUGAGUGCUUUUUACCUGAGUCAAGGUGAGUUACGUCCUGUCAAUUUAAGUCCUGACCCCACUCAACACCUUGUUACCUUAGUCUUGGCAAGACUCCAUUUGUCCAGGUCAUAUCGUUGUACAAAUCCAAGUUGAGUCAUUAUCACCCUGGUCCAGAUCCAAGUUGACUCCUUGUUACCUUUGUCAAGUCUGAGUUGAGUUCCCAUUGCCUUGGCCCACACUUUAAUUGGGUUCUGACUACCUUAGCCCAGAGUCAAGUUAGAUUUUCACCCUAGCUAAGGUCCAAGUGGACUCCUUUUUACUGUUGUCCAGGUCAAAGUGAGUGCUCAUUUCCACGUCUCGGACCAAGUUGAGUUCUUUUUACCUUAGUAUAGUAAUUAGAUGAGUCCUUGUUAUCUGGAUCCAAGUCCAACUUAAACCUCUACCAGCUUGGUCCUUGUCCAAGUUGACUCCUUAUUACCUUAGUCCAGGUUUAAGUGUAGUCCUUUUUACCUAGUCUCUGUCCAAGUUCAGUUCUAGGUUUGACUUGAUUCCUUAUUAUCUCAGUCCAGGUCCAAGUUGGGUCCCCAUAGUCGACGAAACACAAAGUCACAAUUGAGUCCUAAUUACCUGGAUCUGUUCUCAGUUUAGUCCCCAUUAUACCUGAGUCAGAGUUACAGUUGGUCUGAUAAACCAAUUCCAAGUCCAGGUUGAACCUGUGGUACAAUUCAUGUUGAUUGAUUGCUUCCCUUUACCUAAGUCUGGGUCAGAGUUGAGUCAAUGUCAACCGAGUCCAGGCCAAGGUUUAGUUUUUUUACUUUAGUCAAAGAUUAAGUUCCCUAUUCUCUGAGUUCAACCUUUAGUCGGGUUCCCAUUACUCAAGUCCAAGUCCUGGUCAGGUCCUGUUUGGAGGUUGAGUCCUUUUUUCCUGAUUCCAAACCUCUGUUGAAUUCUCUCCAAGUCCGAGUUGAUUUUCAGAAUCAUAGUCAGAUUCUGGUCUCAAUGAGCCUGAAUCACAUUUGAGUCCUUCUUACCUUUGUCUAAGUCUAGGGGCGGUCCUUGUUAAGUUCAAUUUGAGUCCCGGUUACUGAGUUACUUUUCAAGGUCUUCUGGGAGGGACUGUGGACAUGUGGAAACACAUUGGUCCUUUUUUGGAAAUGGAAUAAAUUGUUAUGCCCAAAAAACCCUAGAAAUUUUUUCCUCCAACGUGGAAAACAAGUCUUGUCUAAAGGACCCCUAACCUGUUCCUAAGUGCAGUGUUGAGGUAGAUGUACUCCAUUAGCCUCUGCGGUCAUGACAUCAUGUAGGCUGUGAAGGACAUGAGCUAUGAUUGGCUGGAAGCCCACAUGUAAUCCGUCAUGUCUCUCACUGUGUCGCCGCAGUAAUUUAUGACUCUAUAAUCACUUAAUGUGACACAGUGACCAUCCCACAGGACAAAACCAUCAUCUCAUCCCAUCUUUAGACACUCUUUAUUGUUUCUCAGAGCAGCGAAACGUCAGACGGUGGCCAUGACACGGUCACGGACACUUUUAAUGUUUGCACAAUAUCUUUCUGCACAAGAUUGGAUGUUGACUGAUGAUCAUGCCAUGUCUGAGGAGGACACAUCUGAUCUUUUUUCUCACCAUUUUUCUACCUUUAUUUUUUACUCCUGCAGCUGACCUUGUCACAGUGAAGUCAGACAGAAAAAAACCUACUCACACACACACAGGAGUGAGAGAGCAGAACAAGAGGAAAACGCAGGAAUAAUUAGCCUGAGGUUUGCAUUUUUGUUUUGUUCAGUGUGGUGUAGUUCAGCACCGCCCCUGGUGUAUACAUGCACGCAAAGAGAGUCUGAGAUUUAUACACCAUAUGGGUGUGUAAUCUGGUAUUUGAGAGCGCUGGAAACAUUGGCACACACGUGCAGCUGCUAAUUAUAGCUGCCUUUAUUAUAGUUCCUGUUAAAACAACAUCUACACUUUGGGUUCGCACAGAUUUGUCGGAUGAUGAUUUUUUUUUUAUUUAUGCAGCUGGAAGUGGAGAGAUGGCAGGAAAUAUGAGGAUUGCAUACAGCGAAGGUCACAGGUUUGAUGUCAGGUCAUGGUUGGCAUCAAGGACAGGCUUCAUAAAGGGGAUUCUGCAGUUUUAAGGGCUAAAUGAUGACAUAGAACAGCAGGUUUUCAGGUUUUUCAUGCAAAACAAACAUAUUUUAAUCAUCAUGUUUGCUUAUUUUGCAGAAACAUGGUUCUGCUCUGACUCACAGCAGGUCCUCUCUAUCUUAGCCACAGACGGAGACCUAAGUCUGGAUAUUCCAGUUUGCCAACAGAAUAAAAAUGAUCACCUUUGCAGGACUUUAGGAGGUCUUGACUUUUUUUUUUCUGUUCAGUCUUCGGCUUCUUCUUUUUAGGGUUACUUGUUUGGAAGUUAUAUAAGAUAAAAAGAAAGCAAGAAGACUGGAUUUAACUCCGAAUCGAGCCAUCGUCCUCUAGGUACUGGUUUGAUUCAUCCUACUCCCCUGACCUACAGGUUUUUCGCCUACUUUUCUCUUUUCUUUCUGUUUUGCCCUUUAUGUAACACCAGCAGACUUUGAUGGUGCUUCAAAACAGUUCUGGAGGUGAGAGCUCAGAAAUGACACUGCAAGGGUACCUACGCCAUCACAGAGCGGAGCGCAGGGUCCCCGACUGAACCACUGUGUUUGAUGUGUUCAGAGGGAAACUGCUGAAAGUAGACCUGAAUGUUGGUACAUAUCCAAUCAUAAAACAAGUUUGGAAAAUGUUGAUAAAACCUGAUUUUGAUGGUUUGCAAACCCUUAAAAAUCUCUGUUUAAUUUAAAUUAAUACAAAAAACACAGAUCACAAUAUUGAAACUGCAAGAUUAGUUGUUUUGGGAACCAAGGAGACCAGUUUCUGGAGAUCAGGAAGUGAAAUGUCUCAUUCCUGCCUGAAAAGGGAUUCCAUCUUUUAGUCGUUAGGGGUCUUUUAGGUCUCUUUAGGGGUCUUUUGUUGCUCCUAAACCUUUUGAUAUUAUUCAGCAUUAAUGGAGGCUUCACAGAUGUGGAAGAUACCCACGAUGCACAAUUUUGGCCCAAAAUAAAAUCUGCUGCACAGGAAAUGUACGAAAGACAGAAGAAGAGUACAGAGCAUGUGUAUAAAGGUUGUUUUGGCCGGACACGUGCAGGCGCCAUAAAAGAGUUACACUGUGUGUCACAUGAUCGUUUUGAGUGAUGCAGAUAGGCAUCCACACGGAGAUGAAAUGGUAGUCAUUUAGGGAUUUAUUCACUCUCUGACCUGUUUUUAAAAAGUACCAUUUACAGUCACCAUAAGCGCCAUGUCUGUGUGGAUGAAACGCCGAUGCGACAAAAACUUUUGCGUUUACCCCUGAUUUCGUGUGGACGGGUUGAUACCGCCUUCAGACCGCCUUCACCACUCUUUGCAGCGGGGAGUGGUUUGCUUUUCAUACAAAACUGCGAAGCCGUACCAAUUCCACACGACUGACUUGCAUUCGUCCUAUUUAGCCACAAAAUUAUCGCCUUCUUUAGCUAACGCCAUGUUUGUUUACACUGGUGUGUGUGGGAACUGGGGAGCGUUACAGUGGCCUAGAGGCGCGAAACAUGACCGAGAAGAAAAUUGAUAUGAGGAUUUUAAUUAUUUCCAACAAUUUCAUCAUCAAAUAAUCCAAUUACAAUUUAAAAUCAAUUAAUUAGGCAGCCCUACCCUCUACUCUUUAAAACUGAGGACACAGUGUCUAUGAUUUCAAUUCUUCCUUGAAAGGACAACUACACUUACUUAGAAGUAAGUCCAGUUGUCCUUUCUAUGCGGUGACUUCCACUUCAGAGUCCUGUCUGUCAUCAGGGGUGCUGGAUUUGUACUGGGUCUGAGAACAAGCUUCGACUCUUAAAAUCCCAGAAACAGUGCAGUUUAUCAGAAAAGGUAUACAGUCGAUCUUUGACAUGUUUCAUCCUUCUGCUUCCACACAGACCAGGUUCAGUCAUUUACAGACACGACUGACGUCAAUGCUUUUAGCCGCCCAUACUGGGAUUGAAGACCAGAUUACUCUUACAUGUACGCCUAGCUUUACCCUGGGGUCAUCAGAAAGGGGGCCUCCGUUGACGUUCAUGUAAGGGUUAACCAUCCCCUGAGAGUCAUCAGACAGGGGAUAAAGUGGGCGGUGAUGCGUCUUUGCAGAACUAAGCUCCAUAAGCUGCUUCCUCACUCUGACAAGCCUCAGCAGAGGAGAGCAUGGAGGGAUGAGGAAGCAGAGGACAUGAAUAGGUGGAUGGAUGGAUAAUGAUGAUGAUGAUGAAUGAAUGGAUGGAGGAUUGACUAGAGAAGUGACAGCUGUGUUGUGUUGUCAGCAUGAAGAAACCAGACGGAGAUGAGUGUUGAGUAGACGAUGUGUGUUUGUAAUCGAGCUGAAAUGUUCCAGACUUAUUCAGAUGGGAGCGCUUAGACUCCUUGGGGGAUGCUCUGUGUACCGUAAAUAACCGUUUUCCGGGAUAAACCUGGUUUUUGAGGAUGACUAACCUCAUUCGAAGUCCAAAGACUGAUCUAGUAGUACCCUCAGGCAACAUUUGUUCUGUCCCAAAUAUUCUGUCACUGCACUUUUAAAACAUAAUUCUGAUUCAAGCUGUGAUUCUGAUUCAAAUAUCUGUUAGCAGUUUAAAAGUCAAAUAUUCAGAUUGAGGAUUUUGUGAGCGUGGUGGCACACCAACACCUUCCUCCACUGGUCCCAUGUUUGUUAAAUGAAUGUGUAUCUGAAAUUAAAAUAUUUCCUGCCUGCAUUGCCAUGAGCACAAUGACGGAGCAGAGAAAGUUAGAUUAGCUAGGGUUUCCAUAUUCUGAAUCCCCAAAAAGAGGACACGACUACGCUGGGUCAAAGUCAUGUAGUCGCACAUAGUUAAUUUCGAGAGUUUUUCGGGUCAGAUCGAGUGUCUUUCACGUGCUUCUAACUCAGUAGGUCCAUGUGAUACAAACUUAAAAUUUCCAUACAAAACCCCGGACAUUUGAAGGAUUUUAUAAACUCCCACGGACAAAACUGGACAAGGCCGGACAGCCCCCAAAAAGAACACUUAUAAGAAGAAGACAUCUAAUGAUAACAAUGCAUCAGAUUUCAUAUGGCGCUCAAAGCGCUUUACAUUGGCUACAUACAUUCACUCACACAGUCACACCUUGGUGGUGGUAAACUACCUUGGUAGUCACAGCUGCCCUGGGGCAGAUUGAUGGAAACGUGGCUGCCAGUUUGCGCCUUCGGCCUUUCCGACCACCACCACACAACACUCACAAUCAUACACCAGUGGAGGACACACACUCGGAGCAAGGUGGGUUAAGUGUCUUGCCCAAGGACACAACGGACAGACUCGAGAUAGGGGGGAGUCAAACCGCCAAUCUUUUGGUUAUUGGACAACCGCUCUACCUUCUGAGCUACUGCUGCCCUAUGAUUACCCUAUGCUUGCUAAAUCAGAACUUUACUGCAGAUCACUUCUUAAAACCUCUAAAAUGUGAGAUAUGAACACAGGGAGGGAAAGUGUUCACUCAGAAGAUGACCCUCUAUUUUUGUCACUGGUGGACAUGGUGAAGAGUUUAAGAUCAGAAGUUGAAUGUCCACUCCCAAAAAUAAUAAACCACGAUUCUACCAAAGCAAGUAGUUACUAAUGUUAGCUAGUAGUCUGACGUUUAUUAGCUGUAAAACUAGGGUGACCAUACAUCCUCUAUUACCUGGACAUGUCCUCUGUUCUGGGGGCUGUCCAGCCUUGUGCGGGGGAGUUUAUAAAAUCCUUCAAAUGUCUGCGGAUUUUUAUGGAAGUUUUGUAUCUGUGUAGCGAGGACUAACUGAUUUAGAAGCGCAUAAAAAACACUCAAUUCGACCUGAAAAAAAUCCUUAAAAUUUUGCACGCAAGUCCGCCUCAUGUGGUAGUGUAUUGACACAUUUGAAACCCUUAUUAGCUGCAGCUUGACCCAUUUGUUGCUAUAGAAACAACAUGUUUUAACAGGCAUGUUGGAUCUAAUACAGAUAAACUGAACUGAAACUCUGGUGUUUGACUCCUUGUUGAGGUCUGGUUGUCUCUCGCUGAGGUGUUUGAUGAGUCUCGAUGUGUUUCCUCAUUUGUGCAGGGUUGUCUUGUAGCUUCUUUUACACCCGGGUUUUGAUGAGUCAGAGAUUUCUCCACUAGAGUUGGCUCUGUGAGCAAAGUAAUCCCACAUGAGACUCUGUCAGCAGGUUCUGCUCAUCUGCAGAGGAUGAAGAGGUGUUUUCUUCAGAAGAUGACUCACUCGUCUUGUCGUAGGUAGUGGACGUGUCAUGGCAGAGGCAUUGCUUUUCUUAUUCAAUGAAACCAGAGAAUUACGUCGUUUCAACAGGAAUGACUAACCCCGAAUUUUCACCACGUCUGAAACGGCUCAGAUACGGAACGGGGGCAAUUUCUGCUGUCCGCCAAUUCCCACUGGAUCUGUUUGUGAGACGAAUUUCGUGGCAGAUUACGGACAGCAGGAAUUGCAAGAACUCACAAGGAAUCACGGAUUCACUUGCAAUCGUGCGAUAACAAGUUGUCUCUAUAAAGACAGCCACAUAACCAUAUAGAUUGUGUCCAUUCAGAGGAGGAAAUCCAUUUCUAGACUUCUAGAAUUAGCAUCUCCUCAUCCAUGGUGUCAACGGGGUGAAAUGCUGUCUAAAAACCUUUCACUUGUUUGUCCCCGCCCACGUUUGCAUGGUAUGAAAUAUGAUCCACCUGAAACACAGAGUUUUAUUUUGAAAAGAAGCCAGAUUUUUCAUUUUGUGUCUGUGCCUGACUUUCUUUCCAGCACGGGUUAAUCUGUGCUGGAUUUAUCUGACAUGCUCCGGCGUCCAGGAAAUAAUAGAACUCUUGCGAUCAGCUGCAGAGUCUGGCGAUCCCCAGUGGAAUAGAAAGAAGCUGGUGGAAAUUGACACAUUAACGUAAAUGGUUACGAUCAGCUGUGAUCGGUGAAUACGACCUUUUCGUAGCCGUUCUGGAUACUGAGCACUGACAGUCUGAAAUUUUUUCCUACAGACCUGCAGAGUUAUGGGUGAUAAUAUUGGACAUCAGACAUCUCAGUUAUAAAGAGGAGUCCCUCCUCUUUUGUCAGCAUAACUCUGAGGGCUCUAUUUUGGUGCCUCGCCGGAGACGUGCCGCAAGCGCAGCGUCAAUCAGAUCCGCCGCGCUGACAAGGCGUUCCCAAGCACAUUUUGGUAUUUUGGUGAGCCGCGCAGCCCGGCGUAAGUAUCCCCCCUCCCUAACUCAGCUCCUCCCGGCAGCAUAAGUCAUAGACGGGGAGGAGAGAGGGUGUGGAGUGGGUUUAACACAGCCGAGACCUGUUUUCACCAAUCAAAUAAGCUCCUCUCCUUGCCUUUAAAUCCGCCACCGGCGAGGCGUAUUACUAUUUUCAUGAAGUAGUCAAAGAGAUCAAGAGAUGUCUGAAGACAGUUAUGCCACACGAUGGCGACAGAGGGCAGCUCCUCAACAAGUGUCCUCCACACUCUCUCAUAUGAGCACAGAUGGAUUUGGUGUGCGUAAUGUUGGACCCACUGGUAAGACAAACACCCUUUUCCACAAAUAAAGACACUCACAUAAAGUUGCAUAUAUUCAAACCUCACGUGACAAAGGUGGGUUUAGCGCACAGAUCACAACAUAAACUCCAAAAAUGGCAUUAAAAUCAGAACCAUCUGUGCGUAAAUGACGCAUCGCGCUCCGUGGCCUGGCUCUUUCUUUCAUAGAUGUUGGCAUAUAAAAUAAAUUUGGCUCACAAAACUGAAUAUUUUAAUAUCCGUAUGUCGGCUUAAAGUAGAUAACGCAUCUGAGCACUGAAACAAAUCAUCUGUUCAGCCGCAGCAGCAGCAGGAAGACGGACAGAGGACACGGAGACGUGUCCAGGUCGAGCUGUGCGAGAAAUAAGAGGAAGAAAGAAAAGGAGGGAGACGAAUUACAUAUCUUGUUAACUUCAUCAUGUGUGUCUAUUUACUAGAUAUUUAAUUUAAUUUGAUGCAGUUUUAGCUGUAUUGAUUCGGUCAGGUUGUGUGCCCAAACGCGUGCCAAACGCGCUCAUCAGAUCAGAUAUAGAUCAGAAUAUAUCUAUGUUGAUUUAAAUGUAUGUGCUGACUCAGAUUAAUAGUUGUUGUUGAUUAUUUAUUGCACUGAAAUCUGCCUGACACUGUGGAAACCUGCCGGUGAGGCAUCAGUGACGUAUGUCGAUACGCCGCCGGUCUACCAAAAUACUACUAGACCAGCUGCGUUCCGCCUUGCGCUGAAAGCUGACCAGGUUUGAAUCGGCGAGCUUUCAGCGCACGUUACACGCCGGUGGCGAGCACGAAAAUGUCACUGCGCCAGCUGAUUCUGUCAGCACCUCCCCCUGCCACGCCACCACGCCCAGCUUGGCGGAUCUCGGCUCGCCUCUGUGCGGCUCAGUCCACGAAAAUACCAAACUGGCCUUACGCUGGGCUCCGCCAGACGAAAAUACAACUGCGCGGGGCUCGCCGCCCUCCGCCGCCUCACCGGCGCGAACGAAAAUAGAGCCCUGAGUGUUGGUAUUUGUCUGUAAUUAGGCCCAUGAUGAGCUACAAGUUUAGCAUGCUAAUUGAGACGUACAGUGUUUCCAAGUUGUGACUUUGGAGGGUGUCAGACUGAAAUGUCAAGUGUGAGAUUAGUAAAAUAAACACAGCUUCAAACACACCCUCAGAUAUUUGGCCAGGGUUGUCCCUUGUCACUGAUCCUGUUCCUGAUCCUCAUGGACAGGAUCUCAAAGCACAGCUGGGGGGAAGGGGAUUGUUGGCUUUAUCAGAUGAUAACCUCCAGUGAUUUUCAGGGUCGUUUCAAGUUCAGUGUGAAACCGCUGGGAUAAGAGUAAGUACGUCCACGUUUGCUGUCUUCUGUUGGGCGUGGGUCGCUGAUUGACGAGCAGAUUACGGCAUCGGCAGUAACGUGGGUGCUGAGGGUCAGAGGUCGCAGAGAUGUAAGGAAAAGUGUUCGAUUUCUCAGUCGAUGUCUUUACUCCUCAUGAUCUUUGGGGAGUGAUGGAGAGUCCAGACUCAGCUCUAGAGAUGCGACAGAGGCAUCCAAGAUCCCAGGAGCCAGCUGAGGUGGUUUGAGCAUUUGAAAAGUUGUCUUUUAAAGUCUGAAAUCAGGCCAACAGUGUUCACCUAAAGAGGCAGCCAGGUCCAUGACGGAUCUGUGUAUUUUAUCAGGGUUGGCUGUGGAGAAAAAGGACCCUGGUGCAGAUUACAACAGGCUCUCUAAAUAUAGAUUUCCUCCAGAUCUGUGUUUGGUUCUUCAAUCUACAGAUCUUUGCCUGAACCUGAAGUUAUCAUCAUUAAUCCCCUUACCCCUAAUUUUAGCUUCAUUAUUAAUCUAUCCUCUAGCAUCAUCUUAUAAUAUUUGCAAAAAGGCAUCCAACCUAGGAGUCAUUUUUGACCCGGACCAUUCCCGAGACACCUGGCUUACCAGAGGUAUACAGUGCUGCUUUGCGUAGCUGAGACAGUGGACAAAAAUCGUGUCCUUUAUUUCUCUUGCCAGUCGGUAUGUGAGGGACUGGAUCCACACCGUCUCUGAAAAUACCCUGAUCUUCUGUGUCGGACAGAAAAGCCUCAGAUGUCUCAAAAAAACACAGACUAUGACUGAAAUCUGCCUGUCUCACAAAGGGAGUGGAUUUGAACAGGAAGAUUAAACACUGUACCUUUACGUUUUGGAGCUAACGUUGUGGCGCAUUGAGGUUUUCCCACUGUGAUUAUAGAAUCAAUGGUUUUCUGCCUCCAUGAUUUAUGGCUCAAUAAAUGUGGAGCAAGCAACCAGCUGUUUGGAAAGAUGGUAGGUGAGGAGAAAUUUUUAUCUCAUCUAGCUGCAAAACACCUGAAGAUACCCGGAGAAAGAUCUGAAGAACCCUGCAGGGGAAAGAGGGUGUCCUUGUUUGCCUGUUUCCACCCUCACCAGCCCUGGAUAAUGGACGGAUGGAUUAGCUAAUCCGGUGUGCGCUCUGUGAGGCUGACUGAUGCUUAUUUUAUGAAGCGUAAGCACAUUUUCCCUGUACUCCCAAAACAUGAAUAUGAAAUGUUAGACGAAAGUAAAACCAGUCUGAAGUACCGAGGCCUCUUGGCAUCACAGGGAACACAGGAGAAUGACGCAAUCUGUUUAAGUCCUCCUCCCUGAAGCGCUUACACAUUCUUACACAAUGUGUGCUGGCGAGCGUGCUGUCAUGAAUAACAUGUGUGUGUGUGUGUGUGUGUGUGUGUGUGUGUAUGUGUGAGUUGGUGUGUAGCCCUGCAGCUCUUAGUCAGCCCACACAGUCUCAUGGAGCCAAAAAACACCAUAGUUUCCUCUUACUUCACGUCACUUCGCGAUGCUGCGCCGUGGACUGCUGAACGUUUGUGACAGUUCCUCUCUUUGUCCAUGCGCGUGUGUGCGUGUAUGUGUGUAAGCUUUUUUUGCAUGUCAUUUUGCAGUAAUGUUAAAACCAGUUUGCUUGAGGUCAUCACAACAGAAGACCUACUUUUCCUCACAGAGGAGAGACAGCCAGAAGAAGAAGAAGGAUGAGCUGAAAGUGCAAACCAUAAAAAACUGCAGAUUCUCCUAAACUGACCCGAGGAAGAAAGAAGAGGAAAAAGUGGAAAAGUCAACCCCAUGAUGUUGUUUUGGGUUGAAUGCACCAGCUUUUGCAUUGUUUACAUGCAGAUAUAUUUGCCUUUUUUUGCACUUUAAGCUCAGAGUGUUGGCACGCACAUUUGCUCGUUAGCUGUAAACAGAAAGAGCACAAGAGGCUGAUGGGAACAUCAAUAGUUUUGCAGGACUCUGUUUAAUUAAAAGCACUCUGUAAAUGGGUUUAUACUCAAGGCGACAUUAGUGUGCAUACAAAAUUUCAUUUCAACCUACCUAAUUGUUGUCGGGACAUUUAGCCAAUAUUUAAUGGCUAGCUGCAAAAAAAAAAAAAAAGGCCUCUUGAAACAACAAACACUUUCACAAUACCAGAAAUAUUCAACUCUGGACUAAAGCAGCAAUCUACAGACGGAUACAUCGUAACGUCUCCUUUUCCUUUGGAUAAAAACCCAAUUUACAACUUUUCCGGCACAUUUUCAAGCUAAAAAAUUAAAAUCCGAUUAUUUACCCCCUCUGUGAUUACUCACUGUAUUGAUUUAAUGACUGAUGGAAGGAUUGUAUUACAAAUUAAACCCAUCUUUAAUUGAUGAGAGAACAACUGUUGGUGCAGAGAUGAAGAUUACUCGUCAUCAUUUGGUCGUUAACACCCCGUUCACCCCACAAAUUAUGACCCAGAAUCCCCACAAACUCAUAAACACACACAAACACACACUGACAUGUAGGUACCCCUCCUCCCUGGAGGUCGUUCCACUCCUCAGUCCACUGGAGCAAUAAAACGAGUGUAAAUCAGCCCGGCGUCAUGUGACCACACGUGUCCUUGGUGUGGCCUUCUCAAGUGGUGCUUAUAGAAGCUCUCAUCACCCUCCACGUUAUCGAUGCCAAUGUUUAUAUUUUAAAUGCAGAUAUAUAUGAGUAUUAUAGUCAUAUACAGCCAUUACAGUUUAAUAAGUCCACCGGUACAGUUUGAGUUAAUCCAACAUGACUAGCCCGCCAUAAAUUCUGCUUCACUUUUCAUUUGACAAUUUUAUUUUGAAAGAUGAGAAAAUAAAAUACCUGACUGAACUUUAUUUGCCUUGGAGAGACUAUAAACUGACUCUACAUGAUAUUACACGUAAGCUUAGAUUUUUGAAUCAUGAGGCCACACUUCAAACUUACAGAGAAAUUUCACCAACUGUGAUUCAAGGGAUGAGGUGGUAACCAAAGACUGUAUACAGAAUGGAUGCCGUCCGCCUCCCCGCUGGGUGAAGCCACUGCGAGAACAGCACCCUCUGUUGACGGGCUGCAGUAUAGGUCAUAAAUCCCGCCUCCACCAGCAAUCCCUGUGGAGCUGUGGACAAACUUUAGAAAUUUAUUACACAGAACAGAAUUUUUUCUCCCCCCUGCUUGUGAUGUUGACAUGUAGUUACUGUAAGACUGGUUUGUGCUCAAGUCCUUUUUUUUCUGUGCAGCUCCGUUUUUAAAAGUUGUUAGGGGGUUCAUGUUGACACAGCCUAUGGGUGUAUGAAGAUUGCAUAGCUCACCUGGGGGGGAUAUGCUGUUUGAGCUGAGCGUCAUCACAGCAACUCUUUUACCAAACACCUACAAUGCUACUACGCGAGUGGUGGUUCCAGGUAGUGGAGAAAAGGAAGGCAAAGCCAAGUUGUCCAUAGUAUCUACAGUCCAUGGUGGUAACAUUUUUAUUUAUUUUAUCUAAACUGAAAUAUUAUAGCUCAGAUCUUAGGCAUUGGUCAUGAGAUUUUUUCAUUGUUUUGGUAACGAGCUGACAUUAACCAAGUACAUUAGCUAAACAAGACCAAUGUUUCUAAUGUACGACAGAGAAUUAGGGCCAAAUAGAGAUUUUAAAAGUUGUUUUCUUGUUACAAAGAUUAAGUCCCAAUUAGGGCUGCGAAGUCCUAGUCGACCAAUCAGAAUAUUGGUCGAUACGUGCUGAGUCGACCAAAAUUCUUAUUGGUCGACUUGUUUUUUUUGCGUCAAUUUACAGUCUAUGGUUAAUUUCAUCAGGAGGAGAAAUGCACCAAUUGCUAAUGGGGGUGUUUUCAGAGCAUCCCCGUUUCACAGGUAACAGCCAGUCUCAGAACACCCCCUUUUAUUUUUACCAUUUUGGAUUCACCAACCCACUGGAGACUGGUUGGAGACGGGAAGAUUGAACGGUGUCCACGUUACUCAACGUUGAUGAAUAUAAUAUUUGUGUUUAAUUGCCUUCUUGUGCUGAUAUCAGUAUAUUUUUUAACCUGCUGAGCCGCGUCGUCUGGCACCGGUGAAGAGUUUGCCAUCAGAGUCGGAAAACCCCCCUGUUAAAACAUUUCAGGGUUUUGGUUGACCAAGAAUUUCUUUGGUUGAUUACACCCCUAGUACCAGUAUCAUGAGAACAGAGUCACGAUAAAUUGGACUUUGAUAUAUGAUAUGGUGUUGGGGCAGAGCAGUAAAUAACAGUAUCAUCUGCAUACAGAUAAAAAUUUGCACCAGAGCAUUUUGACCAAUGUCACAGAAAUCAAUUGUAAAGAACAGUGGUCCCAAAUUAGAGCCCAGGGGGUUGCCAUUUAUUGUUCCAAGAGGUCAAGAGGGGACGCUUUACCUUUUUUGGAUUAAAAAGUGUUGGUGUCAUAUUUCCAUCCUGCCCUCGAUCAAGCUUCGCUGUCGCCUAAAACUAUCGCCCCCUCGCAGAGCCGUACCACGACAUGCCAGUGCUGCACAUGAGGCUCAUUGCAGGGUCAGGAGGUGAAACAGAUGGCUGUGUAUGAGCUCGUAUUGAUAUGCUGUCAUAUGUAAGCAGUUUGUGUCCUCUUCACUGAAUGACUUUGAGAGUCACAGAGGAGCGGCGUGUCCCGCUGCUGCAGAGCUCAUUGAUCGGCUGUGAGGGAGCGACUGCUCCACUCAAUAGUCGAUUCAUGAUGCAUGUGACCAAGUGUGUGUGUGUCUGUGUGUGUGUGUGUGUUUGUGUGUGUACAUGUGACUGGCCCUGUCUGUAAUUCACAGCUAAUAUGACUCAUCAAUUAUACUGUAGUGUGUGCAGACCUUUAGCCUCCGAUGUUUAACAUUGAACAAAGUUGUGUGGGUUAAUUAAAAAUGUUGGUCUUUACAUUCUUGAACUUAAAGAGGGAUUUGUGCAAAUUUAAUACAUCAAAUGCAGAAACUCAAAAACCUAAUUGUUUUAUGGAAAAUAUAUCCUGUUUAUUUUUUUAAAUUUAAUGGCAGAAAUAUGUUUAGGUAAAGUUUUGUCAGGGUUAUUUUUACCAUCGUGUUGCAUUAGCUUUUGUUCUAAUUACACUUGUGGACCUAGGAGACUAGUUUCUGGAGUUUUUAAAGUCCCAUAUCAUCUCAUCUAGUAGAAGAUUUCAGCUGCUCAACAGUUCAGGGUCUUUAAAUGUUUUCAAAGUCAGGACAGCAUCAGGCCAGUUUCUUAGCAGGACUCUUCUCCUACAGAGCCAUGCUGUUGUAAUCCCUGUUGUCAAAAUGUGGUUUUGGAUCAUAUGAAGAUCUUCCCUGAAAAAGUCAUUGUCUGGAUGUCAGCAGAUGUUGCUCCUAAACCUGGAGAUAUAUUUUAAAACUGAGGAUGCAUCAUCUAUGAUUACCAAUUCUUUGUUGAAAGGACAACUGGACUUACUUGAGACGUUUGGUGGCGAUUUCCACUCCAGAGUCCUGUCUGUUUUUAAUGCCCUGAAGAUCAGGACCAUGCAGUCUUGGUUUUGGUCCCUUUCCCUUCAGUACAGAGAUUUCUUUAGCUCCUCUGAAUCUUUGAAUGACAUGAUGUACUGUAGAUGGGGAGUUCUGAAAACAUGGAAACUCAUUGGCUUUUUGUAGAACAUAAGCUGUCAGCGGACACAGGCCCUUAUUCUGAAGCAGGUUACAGCUUGUCUUUUUAAAACAUCACGGAGGACCUGAAUACUUCAGUAUUUAAGGGUUAAACCAUACAGGCUACAGCGUGGUAAUGGUUUAUGGGAACAAAAUGUCCAGAAUAAAAUUAGUGAGUGACUCAGACCUUGGCAUUGAGCAGCAGCAGCAGCUUCAUGCAUUGUUCUGCCUAUAAGACACAGAUGCUGCAGCAGAGAUUUUAUUGUCCAUUCAACUGUCUGCAGAGGCACUCCUUUUAAAAGGUCUGAGAGGAGCAAAUGUGAUUAGCCAUGAUUUAUAUGAGCUGUACCACACCUACAGCUCCUACUGCUCCUGUUUCUGCUGAACCAUGGCCUCCAGUCGUUUAGUCCUCAAACAUCUGCUGGUUGUUUGUAUCCGAGUGCACAGACACAGUGUUUCUUGUGCAGAUGCUUGGAAAUCAGGCAUUAAUUGAGGCCGACUGCUGACUGUAGGUGAAUGAGCUGUGAGCGAUAAUGUGUUAUUGAAGUGUGGUCUGCAAAGUGCAAGCCUGAGGACAUUUUUCACUGCGGAGAAGCUCACUCAUUAUCUCUUCACAAGACCGUGGUUUGGAGGAAAGCACAACCUCGACUUCUCCCCUCUGGUGUGACCUGCUGCUCAGAAAAAUGACACCUUCCCUGACUGACUGAUGCUGCAAAAUCUCAAGUACUGUGUGGAGGAAAAUUGGCACAUUUUGAAUAAUACAUGCACAGUUUCCUCUCCUUAGUAAGCACUUUGAUUCUCGAGGUCAAAAAAGGUGAUUAAAAGAGUUUUAAAAGGUGCAAAAUCCUGAAAGUAUCAAUGGAAACGGACUUAAACUUUCAUGCACGGACUUCACAGUCUGUGGUACAGGUUGUGGGUUUUCUGAGUGUGUCCGAGGAGAUGAGACCGUGUGUGUGUGUGCUGAGUAAGAAAUGCUUUAAUGCCUCGCUCACUAAACGUCUCAGCAGCCCUCUCAUCCCGUCUUCUCUCUCCUCUCUGCAAAACGCCUCGGCUCUUAUGCAUGUAAAUGUCAGGAGGUCGUUAUCACUGUGGACGAAGUGACAACCUGACAGAGUGAUGCCUGAUGAUGUCAGUCAGUCAGUGUGUGUGUGUGUGUGUGUGUGUGUCUGUGUGUCUGUGUGUGUCUGUGUGUGUUUGUGCCUCGAAGGGUUCACAAGGAGAGAGAGAGAGAAAGGUGGGGUCAGAAACACAAUGUUCUGAAAUGGCAGACACGGACAGCCCAUGAGUCAACAAAUUCAACACAUAUAGACACAAAUAGCACACAACAACACACACAUACUGUCAUUAUGCAUUACAUCAAUGCACAUACAGCCUGUGGAAUACAAACUGGUAAUACCUUAAAAUAAAAGAGUUUUCAAACAACAGAAGAAAAAACAAAAAACUCUAUAACCAGUAAAAGUCAUGAAUCAGACUUAAAUGAGGCGACAAAUAUGACCAACAGUAAUAAAAGUUCAUAAACUUAAAAUUGAUAAUGUUAAAAAUUGAAAAAAUUGUCAGAGACAUUGUAAAAUGUCGAUAAAAUAUUAAAUUAAAAACAUUUCAAAUGUUGAAACUUUUGAAAUUUUAUUCCUCUGUGCAAAGUAAAAACUUAUUUUUAAUUUAAUUUUUGGUAACAUGUUUUAAAAAAAUUGAUAUAUAAGGACAAAAAAAAAAAGUUGUUUAAUAUAUAUAAAAAAAUAGAAACUUAAGUGACACCUCCAACAGGUUAGGGUCUUCAGAGGAUCUCUGUACUUAACUGUAAUAACUAGAUACAAAAUAAUGUUCUCAGCAAAAUUAAUGCUCUAAUGUCAACUUUAAUGUUGAAGUUACGCUGAUUUAACAGAAAAUGUUACUUUAUGUCAUCACCUAAUGUUACUUAAAGCUUAAUAUCUUCUGUUAUUAUUCAAGGGAAUAGUAGCUUCUACUUGGCUUCCUGUCCACAUAUACACACAAAAAUACACAAACAAAUUUAUUUCCUCUGUACUGAUAAUUUCAUUUAUAUUUUUAUUUAUUUAGGCUAUUUAUCUUCCUUUUUUACUGUCAUGGUUUUUAUACUUUUCCCUUUUCUAUUCAUAUGAUACACUUGCUCACAAUGCCUCUGUUAUUGUAUUGUACGUGCUCUAGUUAAAGAAGUCGUAACAGAAGUAAAAUCCUACUCCAGUUGUUUCUUUAGUUAUUUUGCAAUAGGCUUUGCAAUUUAUCAAGUUUCCCAAAUCUGUGAGCAGGGGUGUCCUGUUCUCAGACCAACCAAAUAACAGGCUAUCACUUCAGCACUGUGGAGUGGAGUCAGGUGGAGGAGGAGCACUGGUUGAUAUGGAUGAAUUGUUGACGGUUGGAGAGGUAUGAUGAGAUCCAUGAGUGUGCGGUGACAGUGAUGUGGAGGUCGGAUGAUAAACAGAUGAGGAGGAUGGAGUGGUUGAUGGUGUCCAAAGCGGCAGACAAGUCCAGGAGGAGGAGGAGGAUGGUUAGUUGGUUGGAGUCAGAGGCAAGCAGGAGGUCAUUUGUGAUUUUAAGCAGUGCUGUUUCUGUGCUGUGCUUGUUGUGGAAUCCUGAUUGGAACGGUUCAAGCAGGUUGUUGGAUUGGAGGUGGGCUGUGAGUUGUGAGGCGACGGCACGUUCUAAGAUCUUUGACAGGAAUGGUAGAUUGGAAAUGGGGCUGAAGUUGCUGGGACAGUUGGGGUCAAGGCCAGGUUUUUUCAGGAUCAGGGUGAUGGUGGCCAGUUUGAGGGAUGGUGGGACAGAGCUGGAGAUGAAGUGUGUAGUGCACACACAGGGCACAAGGAAUGCAACCUCCUCUGCUCCUCAGAUGCAAAUGGAGGGGGGCAGAAGCUCAGCAAUUCAAAACUCAUAGAGCUAUAGGCUGUGGGGAUAAUCUUAGGCAAAUACGCUGCAUUUGGGCGCAAUGUAACCUUAGAUCCAUCCAGAGUGAACUGGGUACAAGAGGGAUGCACAGACAAAGCGUGAAGGUCACCCACUCACUUCGCAGAUGUCAAAGCAAGUAGCAGUGCAGUCUUGUAUGCAGUCUUGUAUUAAAUUUAAACGCGGCCUCUUUGGCGGCAAAAACGAAAGGGCGGCAGUGUCUCUGUGCUGUUGGGCCCCCUCUCGAUUGAUCCCAAAGCUAGGAUGAGUGAGUGAAAAACUGCCCAAAUAUGUUUAGAACUACAAAUGAACUUUAUUCUGUCGAUUCUUGUUUUUUGUUAUGUCACAACUCCAGCCCUACAACAUUUCCUCUAUGCAAACUUUCAUACCUUUAAAAGUUCUUUACAUGAGACAGUGAAUAAAAAGCAACAUUAACAGUUACAGAGAAAAGUUAAAGUAAAAAUCUUUGAUUUAUUUAAACCCGAGCGAACCAUGUCCUGACACACUUACCCACUGGCCGAGGAAAGCAUUCAACUCUGCGCAAUUUCAGCUGGUACAUUUUUUCUGUACAUCCUCAUAAAGAUCAUGAAGGCAUUUGGUGGCUUUUUGAUGUAUGGCCUGUCCUCCUGCUCCAUUUCCCUUUUUCUUUUCCUGUUGGUCAAAAUCAGAGAGAAAGUUAAUGUUGUUGCUCUAUCAAACUUUUUUAAUUGAAUAAAUGUUAAGGUAUGCCUAAUGUAAUUUCCAUUCUCUUUACUUAUUAUCAUGAUCGUUCAUGAAUAAAAUAAAGUUUGAGUAAUUUGAAUCAAUACUUACCUUGAGUUGGAGGCUCUGGGAAGAGAAACACCAGGCUCAUUUGACGGUAAAGUUCCAGUGAAUUCUUUACACAGUGGCUUAAACGCUGUGUAAGGGCUGGCCAAUGGACGCUGUUGGUCAAAGAACUGAAGAGCAUUUCCAAGACUUGUGACCUCUGCAAACUGUCCAGCCCCACUGUUUGCUGGGUGAGGGGUAGUGUUAAACCCCAAACCAGCAGGGUAUGUUGGGGAUGGAGGUGGAGGUGAAAAGAAAGGCAGAGGGUCAGUGGUCUGGCUCUGCGCGGUAAGGUGGUUUGCCUCAAAGAGCAUGUUGCCAGUCAGGGGGUCACGAUCUUCACACAGUGUCUCAAACGCCGUGAUGGGACUGUGAUAUAGGCCCUGUACAUUUAACAGCUGGAAUACAUCUUCAGAUGUUAACUCCAUAGCCUCUUCAUUGGAACUGUCUGCUGGGUGAGGGGGGGUGUUUAACUCAAAACCAGCCUGGUAUGUUGGUGGUGGAGUUGUCAUGAUUGAAGAAAAGUGCUCUUCUUCUCUAUAACUUCGCUAACUCAGCUGAAAUAUUCUUCAGACUUUGUCGCGCUCGCCUAGACGUUGGUUAUCCUGCUUCAGGUUCACCACAACAACUUGCAUACAAUAGGACACAGCGUGUAACAAGUAGUGCAUUAAACCCACAGCAUCCUAUCAUUGCAGCGGUUUGCGAGGGAAUGAUGCAUGUUCAGUGUGAAUUCUUCUAAACGUUCAGUGAACGAAUCACUCACUGAGCCCAAUUUACCAAGCAGAUCUGAUAAAUAGCAUACCAUAAGACAGUACACUUAAAAUAUCAUGACUUAUAAAUAAGUUCAUUUUUCACAAACCUACUUGCCAAAGCAACACAGCCAAACACUCUCAUCUCCCGGUCCCAGAAGCUCUGAAUUGAACUGAAUCCUGAAGCGUUAAGCUGUGUAUCAGUUCAGGAGGUUGGAGUCGCAGGCUCCUCCUGCCAAGCUUUGAAUGAUUUGGUGAUUCGGUGAACGAAUCUUUUUAGCGAACUGGUUCUAGUGAUUCAGUACAUCUAAAAGAACUGCUGUGCCCAUCACUAGCACGGUGCAAAUGGUAGAUUCUGAUACCUGCAAUGCCAUUGGCUGUAACUGACGUGUUUAUAUCCAAUUUCUGACCAACUCAGAGUUUCAUUGAGUACUUGCUACAAACUACCAUCACUGCCUUAUUAUGCAUUACCGUUACUCUGCUCUGGUAUGUAGUGCCUGGUGGAAAUGUUUGUUGUUGUGGAGUUUGGUUUAGUCUUUUUGUCGGACACCUUCAGGUGGCGUCACUCAGACCGUGUCCAUUUUUGUCACCUGACUUAAACAAACCACCUUUAUUUGUCCAAACCUGGUGGUGCUGGAGAGCCUCCAGUAACUGCUUUUUUGGUUGAAAAUCACCUGCAGGCAUCCAGCUGGCAGACGGAGACAACAUUUGUCAAACAGACUGACUGUGACAGACCGAGGCCCUCCAUUAUAAAGUUUUAUAAUAAUAAUGCAGCAACAAUGGGCUGUUCUACACUGUUAAAGGAUUCAUUUGCUUUUCCAAACAAUAUAGCAACAACAUCCUCCUCACACUCUCCUCUUCGUGCACACUGAGCUGUAAUAACCUGUUUAUAAUGUAUUCAGAAACACUGUACAUAAGCAGCAUGCCUGUUUUUACAUUAAAGACAUGCGAGAUCUGAUUGAGAUAGCUGUAUUUGCUGCAUGCAUAACAAUGAGACUCAUCUCUUCAGGCUACAGAUGGAGAAUAAAUAGAUUCUCCGCUGCCUCAGGAGGGUUUGAAGGAUUUUCCACCUGUGUGCUGCACAUGCUCAGCUCAGGGCGUGCUUCCACGAAUGCUUUAUAUUCUUUAUCUUUAGGAAAAUAGAUGUUAUUCAAAUAAUGUAAUCUUUAUAAACCUGAAUGAGGGGUUUAAGGAAAAGGACUCUGAUAUUUAAGUGACCUGAAAUGGACUAUAGGUCGACACCAGAAAUGAUUGAAGGGUUAGCAAAGGCGAGUUUUUGAAGCAAGUUUGCACCUGUGGUUAGAAGCGUUUUCAGAGCAGGAGUUUUCCCAAAAUCUGCUUAAACACAUCAAAAUAAUCCAAAACUCGCAGGAACAACUUAAAGUCCCACUCCGAUAGUUUUUUUUAACGUCUUAAAGUGUUCUUAGUGAUUUUUAAAUUGUGAUUAUGAAUUUUUUGGCCAAACUGUAGCCUAACAUUGCCGAUGUGGUAGAAGUAGCAGGUAACAUUGUAGGUAUGUCAGCUCUCGGACACUUAUGUCUUUGGGGACAUGAUGAAAGUUAAAAUCAUAAUUAGCUUUCUAAAGAAGAUUGCAAUCCGCUACCGUAUACGCUUGUUCCACUCCACGAUCAUCCUCUCUACUUCUCCUGCAUAGUGGGCCUCCGGGGGUGGAGCUUGGAUUUGUGAUGUAGGAAAUCUCACUGUGUCUGAACCUGCUGUUUGGGUCUGCCAGAGAUUUACAACAAUUUGAAUGCAGAAAUACUCAGAAAUACAAUUUCGCAUUUAUUUUUCUCACGAUAUGUCCUGUAGCAUCAGAAAAGUAUGAACAUAUGAACAUGUAGACAACAAGAAAAACAUGAUUUUCUUUGGAGCAGGUCUUUAAGGCAUCUUUCUUGUGAACAUGGCAGUAUUAAAGUUAACUCUGUGUAAAAUAUAAUCAGCAUGAUGUUUAGAUAAUAUAAAAUAUCAUUAAAUGUGACUUUGUUCUGUUGUGCAGUAGUUUGUUUGUUCAAGAACAACCUUAUAAAAGAUUUAGAUUGGUCCCGAGAGAUUGUUGGAUUUGCGACAGAUCAGACUUGGAUGUGUACAAGACAGUGUCAUCAACAUAAGGUUGAAACCAAUUACAGGAAAUCACUGACAUUUAUGGGAAAAAGAGUGGGCCCAUUGUUGACCCCUGAGGCACACCUUACUGAAUCGAUGCAAUAGUUCUUUUCUCAUUUAAAACAAUUAAUUAUUUACAACAGUGAAGGUAUGAGACGAACUAGAAUAAUGAAUAUUUAGGAGAAACAAAUAAUGACAACUUCCAGGGCUCAAAAGGAUGUGCUGCAAAAGUCUUUGCGUUAGAUACUGCAGCACACCUUCAGAGGUCGGGUAGAGUCCACGUCUCAUCAGGUCAGGUUUGUUUUGGGCCUGAAAUCACUAGAGGGCGUCCAAGACAGGACCAGGCAGGUGGUCUUAAGUUGGUUUUGGCUUCGAGCUCCUGUGAGGAACAUUUUGUUUGUAUCUAUUUUUGGACGAUCAGAACCUCUUAUCUCUUGGCUUGUUUUUUUGCCUCGUUCAUAGAUUUGUGGUGUUUCCUUUUCGCCCUUUUUUGAUGAAAAUGUAAAAGAAGCUGUUUUUACUGCCUACUGAAGAUUGCCUCAUUUGACACCUACCAGCGCAUCAAAAAGGGUUCCUCAGAAAUAAUUCAUCUCGUCACUGAUGAUUUGGUUUGCUUUUGUAGGUCAGAGAGGCAUCAGUAUUCAUUUCAGUUUGUUUCAUAACCAGCUUAAAAAAAAAAGAUCCUUUUCACCGGAGCAUUAAAGUUUUAUUAAAGCACUGAAUCAAAACAGAGCAGAAGUUAAUGUGUGUUUUCCUGUUGAUGUGGGUGUGAGACACCCUCAGGCUGAUGUAAUGACAAAAAUAUACGACAUAUGCCUUUAAAUGGUGACAUGGUGAGGACUGAUUCAUCAUAUGAACAGCUUGUGUGUUGCUUGUGAGACGCUUUGAGUUGUUGAAAGUCCAAAACUUUUGCUCUGAUCUGCAGUUUUUGUGUCUCCCUUUCCUGACUGAUGCACUUUUUGGAGCUGGUGGCCUUUUUGUCCAAGCUGUGUUUCCGCUCCUCACACCACCUACUCCCCAUGUGUGUGACUGUUUUGGUGUGUGUGUGUGUGUGUGUGUGUGUGUGUGUGUGUGUGUGUGUGUGUGUGUGUGUGUGGUUUAGGUGGAUGAUGAACAUGUCUGGCGGGACCCCGGGGGAGGACCUCACAGAUGAGGAGAAGGAGAUCAUCAACAGCGUGCUGGCUCGGGCAGCCAUGAUGGAGAACAUGGAGCAGCAGAGGAUCGAGUGAGUGGAAAUCUGCCGACUCACACAGAUGUUCACUCGGGUGGAUGAUUUGUGGUGAAAAACCUGAGCCAAGUGUGCUUUUUUUUUCACAGGCGCCUCUCGAGCCGCCUGGACGAUAUCAAGAAGACGGCGCGUGGAGACGGACAGUCGGAGUGUCUGCUGUGUGGGGCAUCUUUUGGACUGCAGGGGGUCACAGCCGUCCUCUGUGUUCAGUGCAAAAACGUAGGUGCCUCUAUCCCUCGAUUCUUUCUCCUCCACAAAUAACAAACUCUACACUCUUUCCUGAAAAAUAUGAGGUGUGAAGACAAACAUUAGAAUUUAUUUAUAAAGCAAAAGUGUUUUCCCAAGAUUACUAAAGAAACAGAGAAAAAAAGCCACAGUGAGAACAGCACCCUCUGGUGACGGGCUGCAGUAUAGGUCAUAAAUCCCGCCUCCUCCAGCAAUCCCUAUGGAGCUGUGGACAAACUUUAGAAAUUAAUUACACAGAAUAUAAAUUUUUCUCUGUUUUCUAUGAUUGACACUUGAUACAGCCUAUAGGCGCACAAAGAUUGCGUAGCUCACCCAUACACUGUUUAAGCCGAGCACAUAGACUGUAUAUAGAAUGGACAGAGUCUGCCUCCUCUUUUUUCUGUGAAGCUCCGUUUAUAAAAGUUAUUAGGGGGUUCAUAUUUGCUAUGAUUGACACCUGAUACUGCCUAUGGGCAUUCAGGGAUUGCGUAGCUCUCCCGGGGGAUAUGCUGUUUGAGCCGAGUGUCAUCACAGCGACUCUCUGCGACUGCGCGGCCGAAUGCAUGCAUUGCUACUGUGCAGCGCUGGUUUCAGGAAGUGGAGAAAAAAACGGAAAUACCAAGAGCAAUUUGGCUUCAAAUUCAUAUAAUGACGCGAGGCGGAGCCAAGUAGUCCAUAUUAUAUACAGUCUAUGGUCUAAACUUACAUCAUGAUGGAGCUCUGGGACUCCCAUAAAGACUGCAUCAGGGACUUUAAUAGGACAUGAUGGUUCAAAGUUAAAGACACAGACAGAAAGAGGACGGAGGAGAGGGGAAAGGAGCUCAGUGUACCAGAACCCUCAGCAGUCUGAACUAUAGUAGUACAACUAAGAGCUGGUCCAGACUUGAACCAGGUCUAACUAUGAGCUUUAUCACGAAGAAAGAGAAAUAUUGGUGAAAUUUGAAAUGUAAAAAUGGAUUAAAAUUUUUACUGUCAGUGUCAUUUAUUUCAUACAAGUAACGUAUUUUUCGCACUAUAAGGCGCACCUUAAUUAUAAGGCGCACCAUCAAUGAACGCGCCUAUUCGCGUCUAUUUCCAUACACAAGGCGUACCACAUUAUAAAGCCCAUUAAUCCAAACAAAACAGUCAGAUAAGUCAAACUUUAUUUAACUCAUUCAACGACUCAGCGAAGCUACAGUAGCUGCAGUGCUCCGUCAAGCCAAAAAGUUUUUAGUGCGUCUUAUUGUGCGAAAAAUAUGGUAAUAAAAUGAGGAAGUUUUAAAAUAUUGUUAUGAAAGCAAAAAAUACUGGUAAAUUAAGAACUAUAAAAGUUCAAAUGUGAAAAAAAAAUUGGCCAUGAAAAUGAAUUUGUAAAGGUUUUGAAAUAUUAUCAUAAAAGUAAAAAAAUUAACUUUGAAUAAUUAAUUUUAAGAAAGUUCAAAUGUAAAAAAAGUUGACCAAAAAACUAAUUCAUAAACGUUUUAGAAUAUUAAAUGUUUAAAAAAAACUUCGAAUUAUUAAUUUAAAAACUGUUAAAAUUUAAAAAAUGUCAAAAAAAAAUAAAUUUGUAAAAGUUUUAGAAUUUUAAAUCUAAAAAAUUACUUUGAAUCAUUCAUUUAAAAAAAGUUCAAACAUAAAAAAAGAUCAAAAAAAUAAAUUUGUAAAAGUUAAAAAAUAUUAUGAAAGUAAAAAAUAACUUAUUAAUUUAAAAAAAGUUCAAUUAUAAAAAAAUGACCAAAAAAUUAAAUUUAUGAAAAUUUUAAAAUAUUGUUGUGAAAGUAAAAAAUGACUUUGAAUUAUUGAUUAAAGAAAAGUUUAAAUAUAGGAAAAAAUCGACCAAAGAAUACAUUUGUAAAAGUACUUAAAUAUUAUUAUUAAAGUAAAAAAUAACUUUGAAUUAUUAAUUUUUUAAAAAGUUCAAAUAUAUAUGAAAAUAGUGACCAAAAAAUAUAAAUAUAUAAAAGUCUUGUAGAAAUUCUGUUGAAUAUAAAAUUUAAAAGCUAGACAUUUUUAGAUCAAAUAAAAUCACCAAAAAUAUUCAAGAACAAAAAACAGAAAACAUAAACCUGACUUUAAAAUUUCUGAUAAAAGUUGAAACUUUGGAAAAGUUAAAAAUACUGACAAAAAAGAGUAAAUUAAAAAAAUGUAGAAAUGUUAUUUACAAUGAUAAAAAUGAAUGAAUUCUAUGAAAUGAAAUGAAAAAUAUCUUCACUAUGCUCAAAUUUGACCAAAAUUAAAGGAGUGAGUUCAAAAAUAAAUAAAUAAAUAAAUAAUAAUAAUAAAAAUAAUAAUAAUAUAGAGAGUUGGGAGCAAGGUUAUAAUAGUUAACUAAAACGAAACUAAAAUUAAAAAUACAUUGCAGUUAACUCAAACUAACUAAUAUCCUUCGUUAUCGUUUUUGACAAUAUUUAUUAGCCUUUAGGAUUUAAAUUAAUCCGACACAUUUUCCCAACCAAUUUUACGACAGUUUUCAGCAGUUGUCAGCGUUGCACCAUCAUAGCGACGUACUAGGACUUAUGUCCCUGUAAGUCCCAGUGAUUUAUGUUGUAAUGGUGUAACAGGCCGCCAUUGAGUAUGUUUUGUUUUGGAGCAAUGAAUCGGAGCAUCUGUAAUUGCAUGUGAGUCUGUCUUUGAUUGUAUUUGAAUCUGCCUUUAUUGUUAUAGAGUCCAAGUUUCUAAUCAUUUGAGUUCAUAUUAUAAUGUUUUAUAUAAUUUAUGUUUAUAUUAUUUCUAUAUAAUUUAUUUUUAUAUUUUUUAUAUUAAGUUUAUAUUAUUUUCUUGUGUUUAAGGUAGCAGCCAACAGUACAGUAUCAGCAUUAACUGAGCAGUGGCACUAUGUUGGACUUGAAAAUAAACAGUAUUACAAAAUACUUACUCUGGCCUUUUUGAAUCCUGCACCUGACAAAUAAGGUACGAAAAAACUAAAACUAAACUAAAACUAAGCCUUGUCCCAAAAAUCAAAACUAAAUAAAAACUAGAAUGCCCGCUCUAAAACUAAUUAAAACUAAACUGUAAUGGAAAAAAAAAGUCAAAACUAAUUAAUACUAAACUAUAAUAAGAAAAACAAUGUCAAAACUAACUAAAACUAAACUAUAAUGACAAAUCCAAAACUAUUAUAACCUUGGUUGGGAGAGACAUGCUGCAGAGGGAAUCAAACCGUCAACUGUUCUGUCUAUGAGGUACAGGGUUAAACUGCUGGACCAGCUGGAGCCUCUCCACCUUAUUUUGAUGAUAUUUAUUUUUCAUAAUCCUCUUCUGCAUGCCGGCGCUCCUCAGCAGGAGCAGAUUUGUGUUUACAGUAUUUUCUACACUGUUGUGGAGAUGCUAAGUGGUUUCCUGCGGCGGCGAGCAGCCAGUGGGUCAUAUGCUAACAUGCUGUGACGUUCACUGUGUCCUUCCUGCUCUUUACUUCACGAUCUGUUUCUUGUUGCUCUUGGUAAGUGCACACGCAGAGGUUAAUGCUAUCUGAACUGUGAAAAUACAUGUGUGCUCCGUGCACCUUCUAUCAAGAGCUAAAUCUGCCAGCGAUUAAACCUCUCUCUCUCUCUCUCUCUCUCUGUGCAUGUGUGUGUUUUUGCAGCACAUGUGCAGCAAAUGUGGGAUCUUCAGCAACAGCAGGUCCAGUCCUGUGUGGCUCUGCAGAAUCUGCAACGAGCAUCUAGAGGUGAGGAGAAGGGGAGAAGAAGAGGAACAGAGCGGGUUUGAUGGAUUCAUAACAGCUAAAUUAUGCCAUUAUGUCGUUCCUCUGCAGAUUUCCUCAUGAUUUGAACCAUUUUCUGUCUUUUUCACUCACUCUUAACUGCAUUUCACUGCCCAGUGACCUGGAAAAUUACCCUCCGAUUGAUACCCCUCAAUAUAGAAAAAUGAGUAAUAGGCAGUGAUUUAUUUCAAGGCUGCUUCAGUUUUAAACAUGGGUUUGUUUGGGUUUAAGUGGAACAUAAAGCUUGCAGUUAUACAAUACUGUUGUGAUGAUGGCGGCGCCGAGUUGGUGCAGGUCUCAGCCUCCGGGAGCUCAGACUCUUUAAAUAAAUGCUCCCUCCUGUCAGUCAAACACCAAAUAACUCCUCUGUGAUGCUGAAAAAACAGGAUUGAGUUUCUGCUCCCUGCAGGAGAAGAUCUUUUCCAGCAUAAACACUCACACUUAUCCUCAGAAACACAGAAAUAGCCACGUUUUUAUUACUUUCCUCUGUCGCAGGAAACUCUUUGAGUUCAAAACUUCAGAAACAGUCAGGUUCAGAUGUGAAGUGAGGUAGACUCUGGUGGUCUCUGUGUGUUCCUGCAGGUCCAGAAGCGUUCAGGAGCUUGGUUCUUCAAAGGCAGAGAGCAGCAGAGUCUUCCUGCCCCCCUCCCUCUGUCCGGAUCUCGACAGUCCAGCAUCGACAAUAGUUCUGCUCCUGCAGGUUUCAAUGGAUCCCAGGAACUUUCGGCACAACAUCAGGGACAUGGUAAACAAAACAAACAUUUGACUGAUUUAAAUAGGGCUGGGUGAUAUGGCCUCAAAUCAAUAUCACGAUAUAUUGACCAGUUCACCUUGAUAACGAUAAUGGACGUCAACUGCUUGUGAAUUAUGUUUUUAAUAUUAAACAACUUUUUCAGAUUUUUUUGUCCUUAUAUAUCAACUUUUUAACCUUCCUCCUGUGUUAGCUUUUACUACGCACCCACUAUGUUAAGAGUCGAUUUUGACCCGUGUCUUAAAUCAGCUGUUAAUUACUCUAAAAACAAUUCUCUAUUAUCCAGUUUGGUUCUCAUCUCAAGGUGACUUUGUCAGGCUUUAUUAUCCAUGAAAAUAUUGCUGAUAAUAGUUUUUGUAGUGGGCCUCUUGGCCUGUCUUUGUCAGUAGCGAUCUCAUGUCUGGACAUGCCCAACAUUGUUUUUUGUGCAGGGACAAACAUGGCAAAAUGAGAAUUUCCUAAAUCUUACAUGAUUGGAAGAGAAUCUGACUUUCAGUGUGUUUCCUGUCAGUGCACUUAUGAUUUCAGUUUUUGCUUUGAUUAAUAGAUAUUGAUCUAACCGGGUCAACAGCAACCCUAACACGACAAGUGUUUUUCGUAAGAGCGUUUUAUAAUUUCGUCAAUUUAAUUUCUUUGUUCUUAUUUUGUUAAAAUAGAGGUUCCUGACAAAGUCAAAAAGUCUUGAUGCACAAAAGCUAAUUUAAGAGGUUGUUCUAAGCAGUUAAAAUAAAAAACAGGUCAGUGCAGAUCCUAACCCAGGAGUAGGGCUAAAAACAUGUUACUGGGAUCGAAUUCAAAAUAAGCUUUUACUUUUCACAGAGGAAUAAAAGCUCAAAAGUUUAAACAUUUGAAAUGUUUUCAAUUUAGUAUUUGAUCAACAUUUUACAAAGUCGUUGAAAAUUGUUCUCUAAUUUUAACAUCAUCACUUUUAAGUUUAUUUACUUUUAUGACUACUGGUUAGGGCUGGGCAAUAUGGCCUCAAAUCAAUAUCACGAUACAUUGAUCAGUUCACCUCGAUAACGAUAAAUGGAUGAUAACUACUCCACAAGCUGCUCACCCCCUCCCACAUUAACUUCGUCUACUUCAGCCGCUACAACUUUUGAACUAUCCUCCAUCUCCUCACCUGCCUUACCUCUUUGUUACAGACUGGAUGGGGUGGAGUCACGUCCACAAAGAGCACAUAAGUCAGCGCCAAAUGGUGUUGCCAUGGCAUCAUUCACUAUCAGACAGGAAGUAGUUUUUUGAAGGGUUUAAAACACUUGAAAAGUCACCAGAUGUAGUACGCAGGAGCCUGGUGGAGCAAUGACACAAUUUGGCCUACAUGGUGCUUAUUGCCACGCCCACAAUCCCCCAAAAUUCAGCUCCUCUAGCAUGUUGAGCCUCGACAGACGGGCUUUGCUGGGUUUAUAUGUCGGAAAAGAAAAUUUACACAUCAAUAAAAAAAUGAUUAAGAAUACAAAAUAAUAAAGGCCCUAAUACGGAUCCUCGCGGAACUCCACAUUUCAGCUCAACUGUGCUUGAGGCAAAAAUUAGGGCUGGGUGAUAUGGCCUCAAAUCAAUAUCACGAUAUAUUGAUGAGUUCACCUCGAUAAUGAUAAAUGGAUGAUAACUACUCCACAAGCUGCUCACCUCCUCCCACAUUAACUUUGUUUACUCCAGACGCUGCCCCAGCCGCUACAACUUUUGAACCACCCUCCAUCUCCUCUCCUGUCUUUUCCUCUUUGUUAUGGACUGGAUGGGGUGGAGUCACGUCUCUGAUGUAGGGCAGCAUAGCCUACCUUCACACACCCAAAACCGGAGUCGAUACAUGAGAUUAUGAGCAAAUUGAAAAAGAUACAACGCAUUAAACAAGAUAAGAAAAUGAAGCAUGAUAUAUCGGACAACACAAGAUCAACAAGAUUAGUAAGAGACAGGAUGGGGAAAAUAUUUUUUCUUGUUUUAGUAUAAUCGUGUCUAAGUAUAAACAGGAUAAAAAAAGAUAAAACAAGAUCAGGACAGAUUAGCCAAAUGUGACCAAAUAAGUCAGAAGGCAAGAUAGGAAUUUUUUAGACAAGAUUGAAAAAAAAGAUGAGAGAUGAACAAGAUGAACAACACAUGAUAAACAAGAUAAAAAAAGAUGAACAGGAUAGGUGCUAUUAUUCAAUGACUCAGAUGGCAUGACUGGUCACAAAAGACAAGAUGAACAAAAUAAAACAAGAACUGUAACACAAAACAAGAUGAGAAGAUUCGAGACAAGUUCAUUUAGGACAAAACAAGAUAAGUAAGAUAAAACAAGAUCCAGAAACAUAAGACAAGAUGGAGGAAAUAAGACAUGAAUACCUUGGAGUAUAUCUUGGAUGAAACGACAAGACGAGAGGAGAGAGGUACAAAUUGGACAGGACAAGAUUAACAAGAUAAAUCAAGAUUAGUAAAGACACAAUGAGAUGGGAGCAGUCAAGAGAUAUUAAAUUUUUUUGACACUGAUUAUACCGAUAUUGGCAAAAUGACAUUGGUUAUUGUCGUAAAUUUCGGUAUCUGUAAAUUUUCAGUUUAUUGCAAAGCCCUAGAUCAAAAGACUUUGCUUGAGGUGAAGGUUAGCUGCUGUGGUAUUAAAGUUAGAAGCUAAAGCAUGUGUAUUUUGACUAAAUUAAGACUCUUUAUUGAUGACUCUUUAUUUUGACUAACAGGUUCUGAUUUUGUCCCUCAGCUCAGUGUCGGUACGUGAGCGUGAGUUUUGGCUGUAGCUGUUUUGGUGGCAGUGAUGUUCUCCUUUUGUCUCCUCAGAGCUUGCUGCAGACACACAGCAGCAGCAGUCCUGUGGGUCAGAACAAUGGGAGCAGACAGCAAGAACAACAGCUGACAGCUAUAAUGAGAGUCAGACUUGUCCACCGGCUGUAAUGAAGACCGAGAGACCAGCCCUCGCCUCCAAACCACCGCGGGCAAACGCCCAGCCAGCUGCCCCCUCCUCAGGUAAAGUCACACUGCUCUUUCCAAGAAGGAACGGAUUUUACAUAAACAAUAUAAAAACAUGUUUUUAGAGGGACUUUAAAGCUGCUGUGUGUGAUUUUUUAACAACAGCUCCUCCUGCAAGUGUGGAAAACAAAAUCCCACCCAGGGCUGAGACGGUUUCUCCACCAGCUGUGGAGGAGAAGAGACCACCUGUGGUUUCCAGCGCUGUCUUAUCCAGUGUCACCACAAGCAGAAUUACCCCACCUGUUAAUCCAGCAGGAAGUAACCCUGCACCUCCAAGACCCCAACCAGAUCGAACAGAGGAAGACGACAACGACUACGACUCAGACGACGCCAGUGAGGCUGAUUUUACAUCUUUAUCAGAACAUCUGCUCUAAAGACGGCAUUUUCUCUCCGGCUGAUUUGAAGUAUUUCUAAUUAUAAAACUUCCUUCUGUGCCUGAAGCUGUGAGAAAACUCCCAGAGGAGAAACAAAUCAAUGUUUAUCUGUUUCAGAGGGAAAUUGUUUUUCUCUUACAGAGCUCAUUUUUCUCGUCUAUUUAUUUCUGCAGCGACUCUGGGAUCUCUGGAGUUUAGCGUCCUCUACGAACAGGAGAGUCACACUCUGCACUGCUGCGUCAUUAAAGCAAAGGUAAACACACAUGUGAACGCACACAGUCAACACUUAAAGGGACAGUCUGAGUUUUGAUUUUUUUUAAAGGGAUGAGUUAUGUGUUAUUAGUAAGUGUUUUAGCCACUGCGUAACUGAGUGACUGUAAUCUAGCGCUACUCUUGGUGGACAAAACAGGAUAAACAUGAUACAGAAAGUUGGACAAGAUGAGCAAAAUUAAGGCAAGAUGUCAUGAGAUGAGGCAGACAGCACGAGGGGUUGAAAAAGGACACGAUAAACAAGAUAAAACAAGAUCAGUUUCAGAUUGUGAGAAAGAAACAAGCAAAAUGAACAAAAUACAACACACUAAACAAGAUAAGAUAAGGUAAGAUGAUUUAUUGGGCAACUCAAGAUAAACACGAUAAAAAACGGCAAAACAGGAUUGAAAAAAUAAAACAAGAUCAGGACAGAUUAGCCAAAUGAGACAGAUGGCUAACAAGACAAGGUAACCAAGAUAAAACAAGACCAGAAAGACACGGGAUGGGAAAAAUAACACAAGCAUAAACAAGGUAAAAAAGGCAAAACAAGAUCAGGAUAGAUCAGCUAAAUGAAUCAUAAGGCCAACAAGACAAGUUAAACCAGAUAAAACAAGAUCAUUUUAAUAUUAUGAAAUAGAAACAUGCAAAAUAAACAAGAUGUCACACAAUUAACAAGAUAAGAAAAGGUAAGAUGAUAUGUUGGAGAACACAAGACAAAAAGCCAACAAGAUCUAAAAGAUGAAACAAGAUCAGGGUAGGUAAGCCAAAUGAGUCAGAAGACCAACAAGACAAGAUAAACCAGAUAAAACAAGAUCAGUUUAAGAUUAUGUGAUAAAAAAACAAGUUAAAUAAACAAGAUACAACACAUUAAACAAGAUAAGAAAAGGUAAGAUGAUAUAUUUCAGGCAACACAAGAUAAACAGGAUAAAACAAGAUUAGUAAAACACAGGGUCUGCGAAAUAAGACAAGUAUAAACAAGAUAAAAUAAGACAGAACGAGAUCAGAACAGAUUAGCCAAAUAAAUCAGAAGACCAACAAGACAAGAUAAACCAGAUAAAACAAGAUUAUUUUAAGAUUAUUUAAUAGAAACAAACAAAAUAAACAAGAUACAACACAUUAAACAAGAUAAAACAAGAUCAGAAAGUUGGGAAAAAUAAUUUAAGUAUAAACAAGAUAAAAAGGCAAAACAAGAUUAAAAAAGACAGAACAAGAUCAGGAGAGACUAGCCAGAUGAGUCAGAAGACAGGAAAGGCUACAAUAAGACAAGAUAAACCAGAUAAAACAAGAUAAGUUUAAGAAUAUGAGAUAGAAAUUAGCAAAUUGAACAAGAUACCACACAUUAAACAAGAUUAGAAAAGAUAAGAUGACAUACUGAACCGCACAAGAUAAAACAAGAUCAGUUAGAGACAGGGUGGGGAAAAUAGAACAAGUAUAAAAAGAUUUAAAAAGAUAAAACAAGAUCAGGACAGAUUAGCCAAAUGUGACCAAAUAAGUCAGAGGGCAAGAUAGGAAUUUUUUAACAAGAUAAAAAAAGAUCAGAUGAGAUGUCGAAUAAAGGAGCUGUUAGAAGACAAGAUGAACGAGAUAAGACAAGAUCACCAACAAUGAUAUUGCAAGUACUUACACUGAAUAACACAAGAUAAUAAGAAAAUAAAGAUAAUAAAGAUGAACAGUAUAGAUGCUAUUAUUUGAUGACUCGGAUAGCUUCACAGCUUACAAAAAGACAAGAUAAGCAGGAUAAAACAAGAACUGUAACAACAAGAUGGCAAGUUUAUUCGGGACAAAACAGGAUAAGUAAGAUAAAACAAAAUCCAGAAACAUAAGACAAGAUGGAGGAAAUAAGACAUGAGUACAAAACAGCAGGAUAACGCAAGAUCUGGAAACAUAAUUCAAGAAGGGGGGAGUCAAGCGAUUCAAACAAGAUCCAUAAACAUGUCAAGAUAUAAGGUGUCCAAGAGUUCAAGAGUAUAUCUUGGACAAAACAACAAGAUGAGAGUAGACAAGAACAAAUUGAACAGGACCGGAUUGACGAGAUAACCAAGAUUAGUAAAGAGACAACCAGAUGAGGUGAGUCUAGAGAAACGUACAUUAUAUCGGACAAAUGACAAGAUCAACAAGAUUGUGAACAUAACAUGAAGAGACAACGCCAGAUAAGACGAGACAAGCUGGAGUGAGUAAAAACAAGAUACACGCAAGAGUGAGCAAGUUGAGAGAAGAGUUAAAGAUUAGACUUAUUAAGAGCUUCUCAUGUCCUUUAGAAAAUGAGGGGAGGAUUUCAUCAGGAACAUAAUUGAGUUUUUUCUGAACCGUUUUUCUUCUUCAGGGUUUGAAGCCGAUGGACUCAAACGGACUCGCUGACCCAUAUGUCAAACUUCACCUUCUACCUGGAGCCAGUAAGGUACGAUUAUGAUCCUGAAUCUGAAAAACUUUGACUCUGUCACAGUUUGAAACUCAAACUUUUUAAUGAAUUUCCGUUUGUCUCUGAGAGUCGAAGCUCUCAGCUGAUGCUCAGUGAUCUCAUCACAGCCCACAGCUCCUGAACCGGGUGUGGGAGGGUUUAUUGGAUUUGGGUAGCUCUGAAAUGACAUGAUGUAGCAGAAACACAUCAACUAAUUUUCCUGACAUGGACUAUGAGGGGAAUGAUUUAUGACGUGUCAUAUUGUCUUACUCUCUGAGCGAACGCCGUUCCCUCUAUGAACUGGAGCUUCUGACUCGCUGGAGGCCAAACAGUCUGACAUGAUGAACAUCAGUUAGUCUGUUGUUUCUAAAAAACCACUUGAAAUCAGUUUCUCUUUCCUCUCUGUGUCUUGUCUUGUGUCAUGGCUCCUCAGUCUAACAAGCUUCGUACCAAGACUCUGAAAAACACUCUGAAUCCUGUGUGGAAUGAGACACUGGUUUACCACGGGAUCUCCGCCGAGGAAAUGUCACGCAAAACCCUCCGGUAAGAGUGACCUCGGCCCACUUUUCCUUAAAUUGUAGCAGAGCUGCAGGACGAGUCGUCAAAAGCCCAGAGAGAAAACUGUGAAAGAGUUUUUAAAGGCACACUGUCUGUUUGUCUGCAGGCUCUCAGUGAGUGACGAAGACAAGUUUGGACACAACGAAUUCAUCGGUGAGACACGAGUCGCCCUGAAGAAGCUCAAGUUUGACCAGAAGAAGAACUUCAGCGUGUGUUUGGAGCGAGUGAUCCCGGUGAGCCUGAGGACGACACUCAUUUAGCUCCAGAAUUCAGCACUAACGAGAAAUGUCAGGAGGGUGAAGUUCAUCUCUACUCAGGAACUCCUUAGAAACCCUGACAGAAACAGCUUUUAAAAAACUGUAUCACUGAACUGGUGGUGGGUGCACGUCUGGACCACCUGUUUCCUCACAGUUAAGACUACUAGAGCACCAAGAUACCUCUGGUUCUGGUGUCAUAGAAGAUAGAGGAGAGGAGAGGUGAUGAGUGGAGUUUACCUGAGACAAAGGUUAAUGAAGAUUGAGUCAGGUGUUUACUCAGGUAAUGGUUCAGGUGAAAGAGAUGAUGAGAUGCAGGUGUGUGUCGGAGGCUCAGUCUGGUUCCUGAAUUUAUGCUGUAAUAACUUCUUUGGAGGGAUAAUGUUGACUCUCUUCACAGGUGAAGAAGGCUGUCGGAGGACCAGCCCGAGGCAUGGCUCUCUAUGAGGACGAUGUAAGACCCUCACCUGACUCUCAUAUCACUGAGUGUUUCAGCUGCUGUUUAUAAUUAUGGGAUUUAAAUUCUAAUAACGCGACAAUGUGACAGAGUGUCAGCUACAGGGCCGUGUAAACAUGUGAAAGUCCUAAUGGUUUUAAUUCGGAUAAACAGACUGAACACCUGAUGUCAGUGAGGUUUAUGAAGGUUUAAUGCCGAGCUACAGUGGCCCUAAAGGUCAGUGUCACAAAAACAUUUCACUAAACUCAAAAAUACUAAAAUGAAGCACAAGUAUCUCACAAGAUGGACAAAAAUCUAUAGACUGCAGAAACAUUUCACAAAACAGGAAAAUAAUUAAUAGAACACAGAAAUAUAAAAAUGUUUUAUUUAAAUUGAGAUGUAGGUAUCUCAAAAUUUUCAAAAUACUCUAUGAACUGAGAAACCUUUUUUAAAAAUUGGUAAAAUUGUUUUAUGAACACAAAAGUGCCUCAAAAAACAAGACAGUAUUUUACAAAAAAAACUUUUAUAAAAUGUCAAAAUAUUCUUUACCACCACAAAAUAAUUUGCAAAAUAAAAAAAAAUUAAAUAAAACUAUUUCUCAGGAAAACGUAAUAUACGCGAAAAUUAAAAAGCAUUUUCUAUUUUUUUCUGACAAUUUUGCUCUUAAAUAAAUUCUUAUAAUUGUUUUAAAAUAUUGACUUUAUUAUUGUCUGAAAUGUUGAAAACCUAAAAAACAUUUUUCUUGCAAAAAAACUUUCAUGAAAAAUGAUUGCAUUUUUUCCAGUUUUUGCUGUUUCUUCACAACAUGUUUUUGCAUUUUUUUCAGGAUAUUUAACCUUUUAGAAUAUUUUAAUGCUAAAUUUUUUGAAUCUGUGGCAUGCUUUGGUGUUAUCAAAUAUUUUUGAAUUGUUAAUUAUUUUUGUUUAGAUACACUUUUCAAAACUAAAAAAACUUUGUAUAAAAACUUUGAUUUGCAUUUAUUUUAUUUUUGCAUUCAAUGGAAUAUUAUGGCCUUUAAUGAAUUGUUUAUGAAGUUGACCUUCAGGGCCACUGUACUUAGCCCUUAAGUGGAAACUGAGGUUAAGCUGUGGUCACUCUGUGGGAAAAUAAAAUAUCAGUAAAUAUCUUAAACCCUCAAUGUACCCUUUGACAUAAUGGUGUAUUUCAUAGCGAUUAUUUCAAGAGAGCACGUCUAUUAUCCUGCAUAAGGAGACAUCAUGAUAAUCACAGUUUAAUCCCGUAAAUCACUGAAUGUUCUAAUGUGUGUAUGUGUGUGUGUGUGCAUGCAGCUGAACGAAGGCGAUGACUCAGAAGAGAGGGGUCGUGUUCUUGUGUCGCUGACGUACAACAGCCAGCUGGGUCGUCUGAUCGUGGGCGUGGUCCGCUGUGCUCACCUGGCUGCCAUGGACUCCAACGGAUACUCAGACCCGUUUGUAAAAGUGUAUGUGUCUCAUUUCACUGAACUCUCAUCCAUCAUCACCUUUUUUUUCUGAAGUUUAAAAAAAUGUUAUAGUCUUGUUUAUUAUUGUUCACCUCCUCCUCUUUGUACUGUAGAAAUCUGAAGCCUGAUAUGGGGAAGAAAGCCAAAAACAAGACGCAGAUAAAAAAGAAGACCUUAAAUCCAGAGUAUAAUGAGGUCUGUGCUUUUAAAUCUUCACUCUAUACUAACACACAUUAAACUCAGAUUUAUAACAAACCAUUUUAAUGUCAUUUCUCUGUUUUUUUUAGGAGUUCAGUUAUGAAAUAAAGCACGGCGAGCUGGCCAAGAAGACCCUGGACAUCUCUGUGUGGGACUACGACAUGGGCAAAUCCAACGAUUUCAUUGGUGAGUGGGGAUCUUCAGUCACUACAGAGAAAUACGCAGUAAAAUAUUAAUAUUUGGAUUCAACUAAACGUCAAAUAGAUUUUGGUCUGAAGCUGAUGAAACUGGAGAAUAAAUCACGCUCAGAUUUAUAAACUCUUGUUUGAGUUAUGAUUUUAGAUUCUACAGAAAUUUCCUGUUUUAAGACAAUUUCUACUCUUGACUUUACAUAUGUGUGUUUUUAUUUUCUCUACUGUAACUCCCAAUUUCCACUGCAUCCGGAACAACUACAAAAAGGCUGUAUCUGCCGAUCAUAACUGAUUGUAACCAUUUAAGUUAAUGUGUUGAUUUCCACCGGCUUCUUUCUGUUCCGCUGCGGAGCGUCGGACUCUGCAGCUGAUCGCAAGAGUUCUGCCAGAGAAUGCCAGAUAAAUUCAGCACAGAUUAACCCGUGCUGGAAAGGAAGUCGGGCAAAGACACAAAAUAAGACAUCUGGCUUCUUUUCAAAAUAAAACACUACAUGUUUGAGGCGGAUCGUAUUUCACACUAUGCAAACGUGGGCGGGAACACAAAUGAAAGGUUUUAGACAGUAUUUCACCCUGAUGACUCCGUGGAUGAGGAGAUGCUGAUUCUAGAAGUCUAGAAAUAGAUUUCCUCCUCUAGAAGGACACAGUCUACUGCUUAUACGAUUAUGUGGCUGUAUUUAUAGAGAAAACUUGUUAUCGUGUGAUUGCACAUGAAUCUGCAGGUUCUUGUGAGUUCUCACGAUUCCUGCUGUCUGUAAUCCGCCACGAAAUUUGCCUCACCAACGGAUCCAGUAGGAAUUGGCGCAUGCUGAAAAUCGCUGCACUCCGGAUUGGAGCUGUUCCGGAUGCUGUGAAAAUUGGGGGUAACACCUGUGCACUUUGGGGAACAUGUCGGUCUUUGCAGCUUAUCAGUCGAGCACAGAUAAUAAAAUGAGGGUAUAACGUUUUGGUUUUCUUCUCUGAAUCCUUAUUAUACUAAUUCAAACGGAAGUUCUCUGUCUUUAUCUGAAACUAAAUAUAAACUCCUCUGUCUCACCCUCCAGGAGGAUGUCAGCUGGGUAUCCAGGCUAAAGGCGAGUGUUUGAAGCACUGGUACGAAUGCCUCAAGAACAAAGACAAGAAAAUCGAGCGCUGGCAUGUCCUCCUAAACGACAACCCUGCUCAGUUUGACGAUUAAAAAUAUUGACCCCACUUUCACAUACUUUCUUCCUUUGUGGUUCUCCCUGUAGGAUAUUGAACACAGGUAGACUUUUAUUGCUUUAUGUAGUUCAUCCUCAAUACUCUCUCAAAGCAACAUUUGCAACAGUUUUCAGGUGACCGACAUGGAUGUCAACAUUUCAGCUCUUCCUGUAUCAUAAACUGUCUCAUACUUCUUCUCCUGAGUCGUACUUUAACAGGGUUAAGUUCAGUUAUCAGAGAGAGUUUGUUGUAAUGAAGUUUACCUCCACGUUCACACCCCGCCCUCGCCUGUGCUCGUGUGUCAUAUGAGAUCAUGUUAUGUGCUAUCAGCUGAUCUACGUGACCACAUUGUUUGAACAGCUGCAUCACCAAAACAUCAGAUUUUUUUCUUGUGUUUUUGUGCAGAAUUUCGAUGCUUAUGUUUGAUAUUCAUGAAGACAGGAGGAUGCACGGUUACUGAAAUGAUGUGAUAAAGACAUGACGGUCUCAUCUCUGCAUGUGUGUCCCCUCUUUCAGGGAAAUACCCACAAUGCUUUUGCAUGAUAUCUCUGCAAAAACUCCUCUGCAGAGGUCGGUUUACAUGAGAUCUGCACAAGCGAUUUCAUCUAAAAUAAUCAACAUGUGUGUUUCAUAUUGAUGCAUGUCUGAACUCAUAGAUAUUGUUGGAAUAAACACGUAGCAAAUAAAUAAAGGCAUCAUGACACUCCUCUGCU